GUAGCAGUUAACCAAGAAUAUAUAUGGCAAAAUCCCUUCUCCUUUACUGAUGAACUACUCUCUCAAAUAAUUUCCCUUGUUUUAAAUAAUAUAGAGGAAAACAAUCUUAAGUUAGGAUAAUGGGGUUACAUUUUCAGUGCAUGGUUCUUUCAUUUUCCAACUAGCAAAGGACCUGUUCAGAAGGAGGCCUGUGACCCUUACUGAACUUCAUUCCUGAUGGUCUAGCUUUAAUGCUUCAGCUUUCCUCUUCCCAAUCUUCUUGAACUCUGUUCUCCCUACCUACCUUACCCCCACACUCUGAUGCCUCUGAAUGAUGUACUGUUACAUCACAAUGGGGCUUUGUAGGCAGGGGUGAAUAAUAGGCUCUCCUUUGGCUUUGGCUACUGUUGGCUUAAAAGCUGUCUAGAGUCUGACCAGCCUGAGGCCAAACAAGCUGACUGCUUAGGCAAAAUGCUAGGCUCUGAACAUAAAUCCUCCCCAAUUCCCCAUCAUCAGCUGUCAAACAAACAAAGGAGGAACAGCAACCAGCAGCAGAACAAUAUGGCAGCAGUUGUGCUGGAGAGGAACAGGCAGGAAUUGGUCAGAAGACCUGAAUCCAGAAGAGCAGAGGGAGACAGAGCCAUGAAGCAAGUUAGAGAGUAGCCUUUUUAAUCUUAACCACCUGAACUGGAGCUCCCCAGUAAUGAUGUGCUGAUCACCAUGUCUUGUGGAGACUUGUGGAUACAUGGGACUUUUCAAGACCCAAUGAUCAGCUCAUCAAUGGUACUUGGGAAGCCCCAUGCAUAGCACUUCACAAGACCUGGUGAUGAUUGAGUGCAUAAGCCUCAGACAUGCUCAUGUAAUGCCACACCAUGAUUUGGUUUCAGUUGUGAACAAGCUCAGCAUGAAUUCUAGUUCUCCUAUAAGUGUCACAAGGCAAAUAGAGCAGUUGUUCCACAUUAUGUUGUACACACUUUCCUGCCCAUGGAUACCAAUAUAGGUUCUGGCCUUUAGUCUCAGCCCCUCAGUACCGUCUGAUGUGAUUCUGUGCUUACAACUAUUGUGUAAAAUAGGGAAACUACUUGGGACAGGAAUUUAUAUGUCACAAGAGUACAGUACAUGUAGGGCAGUUUGUGGUCAAAUAGAUGAUUCAUAGUAGAUGAAGUUGUUGUAUGCCAUCUUUCCUUGCAUCUAGAAAUUUACCUGCUCUAUUCAACAGCAUAGUUUUUCUGUUUGUGCAGCCAAAGUAUGAAUAACCUGUCUUCUUUCUCACAAUACCAUCUAAAGCACUUUUGUAAAAUUUGUAUUUGACAGGUUCAAAAUUGCUUCAUAUGAAAGCCCAGUUCUUAAGAAAACAAAAAAGCUUCAGUUUUGUGGAUACAGUCUUCUGCAUAAUCCUUAAAGAGUCAUGCAAAGCUAAACCCUUGUUUAAUAUAAACCUACAUGCUUUAUUCUGGUUACCUGCUAACUGCAGAUUUUGAAAUCUACUAGUAUUAAACUUCUGUCAUUUAGUUGCUCCUCCUAAGAAGAGUCGACUCCUUUCAAUAUAUUUGUGCGGUUGCUGCAAGGUGAAAAUGAGGACCAGUGUGCACAUUUUUGAAGGAACUCUUUUUUAAAAAAAAGUUUUUGAGAAUACACAGUGCAUUCAAAAACCACAGUGCCUUUCCUGUAAACGUGUGGUGCUGAAGCUAAAGGUAUUUGCACCUUAGCUAUGGCUGUUGAAUGGAAACUGUUCUAAAUUGCUGCAGUUGGCUGUUAUCAUAUGCUAAGCUGUUUAUAUGGUGUCGCUCACUGCAUAUUGGGGACAUGUUCUCCAAAUGAACACAAAUGUUUCAAGAUAAUAUCUUGCUCUGGUAUGGAGAAAUAACUCCAACUGCAAGAUGAGCUGCUUCUUAUGGUCAGCUUUACCAUGCAAUAGCAAUUACCAUAUGUACCACUUUAAAGUGGCAGAAGAAUUUUAAAGAUAAGGAAAGGUAUACCCUUAUUCUGGGACCAGUUUCCUUAAGGGAUCACCUUGCCCCAUAUGUGUGUAUUCAACCACUUCAAUCUGCAGAACUUGCACUUCUACAAGUGCCACAGAAUGUCUGUACCACAUUUGUGAAGAGUUUAUCUUUUAGUGUAGCAACACCUGUGCUUUGGAAUGCCCUACUUAUUGACACUGGCAUAUGCCAUCACUAUAUUGUUUUAGAUGCUUACUGAAAACUUUUUUAUUUCAGCAAACCUACUCAGACAUGUAACUUAGCCACCAAGAUUUUCAAGAUGCCUUGAAAAGUGUUACUAAUUUUUCUGUGUUUUAAUUAUAAUUAUUUUAUUUAUAUAUUUUAAUAGGUUUGUGCAUUUAACUGUAUUUUGUCUAUAAUUUUACUAUGUAUGCUGUUUAGAGAGUGUUUUGAUUAAGCAGUUUAUAAACCUUCCUAAAUUGAAAUAAUUGUGGGUUUGGGAAAAUAAUACUGUCUUUAUUUAGUUUCUUGUGCUCCCCGUGAAUUGAUACAACAUAUUAGCUUGAUGACCUAAGACUAGGUUCUAUAUUUCUUUUUGUGAAAACUGCAUUAAAUUGUAGGGGUUUUUUAAUUUUUUUGCAAAUUUUGACUUUCCCUGUUGAAGGCAUUGACACUUGCAACUGUUCUGAAUAUGCACAUACAGCUAAUUGUUUCCUUCCUAUUGUGAGCAGGAACAUAAUCAUUGAUCUCUAGGUUUUACCCAAUAUACAAAAUGAAAAGGGUAACAUUCCUAGAAAACCAAGAAUAAAAGAAACAGAAAAUAAAACAACACGUGUUCUCUUGAGUCCUUAAUUUCAGUAUAAGAUUUCCUCAAAUUAAGAAAUUAAGAAAUUAAGAAAUAAGAAAUAGUCACUAUUCAUAGCCCAGAGUGAAAGAACAAAGGAAGGCCUUAUCUGAUAAAGAUCAUGCCAGUAAUUAAGAAAUACAAAGUUAACAGUACAUAGGUAGUUUAAAAAACCAAACAAAAGAUACUGUAUUGAGAUUGUAUAAUCAACAGAGUAACCAAUUGGACCAACCUCCCAUGAAGGCCUCUGGCUUUCUCUUGCUCAUGGUUGUCAAUCCUUUGUUGGUUCAAUUGUCAUGGGGGGGGGGGGGAUAUGUUCUAUACUUCAGCCAGACCAUGAUCUUCAGUAGGGAGCUCAUUAUCUUGCCACUCACUGGCAAAAACUGUUUUCACUGCUGCUAAUAAAUAUAUACCAAGAAACAUGCUGCCUGCAGUGCAAAAAACAUUUUCAAAUUUAUGCAAUAAGACCCCUAUCAGAUCUUCUGGGAUAGGAUGACCCACAGUUUUAUAAACUUCAGUCAAAAUAAGUUUUCAGAUGUACUUUCUCACAUUCCUACAUACAGUACAUAUCUCUUUAGCCACCUCCUUUUCAACCUUGGUCUGAGCCCUUUUGCAAUAUGUAUGAGAGUCUGUAGGUUACAAAAUGCCACCUGCUCACACCUUUUAAUGACAGUUCUCUAAAGUUUAGACAAAAAGAAUUAGAAGGCUUAGCCAUCCAAAUGCAUUUCCGCGGGUCUUGCAUAAUUUCUGCCAUAAUAUCAUUUCCCCAGUGCUGUAAAUAAACCACUGUAUCAUCCAGCAAUGAGUGAAGAUUGUAUAUAUGCUAAAAACCAAACAUCUUGAGGGUUGCAUGCCUGUAUGAAGGGAUAUAGUCAGACUGCAGAGGAUUUUGAAGACAGCAGUAAAAAUGACACCGGAACUGAGAAGCAUGGCACAGAAGAAUAGAAUAAAAAGAGUGUACAUGCUUUAAACACCACACUAUAGAAGAUAGGCAAAUACAACUUUACUAAAGGCAGUAUGAGUAGUAGGACAAUAAGCAAUUGGUUCAAGUUGCAGCAGAGCAAAUUUAAAGCAGCUAUAAGUCCAAUUUUUAUAAUGGCUUGAUAGUGGUUCAAGUUGCCUUGUGGAGCUGUGGAGUUUCUUUCCUCCUUCUUAGUUCUUUUUGGUUGCUGAAUCAAAUGAAAACAUUUUCAGCAUGAUUGUCCUUUAUAUGUACAACAUACAUACCUCUUUCAGAACACCAUGAGAGAUAUAUACCCUCUUAUUUUCUUCAGGUCAACAGUAUUAUAAAUAAAAUACAGUGGUACCUCAGGUUAAGUACUUAAUUUGUUCCGGAGGUCCGUACUUAACCUGAAACUAUUCUUAACCUGAAGCACCACUUUAGCUAAUGAGGCCUCCCGCUGCUGCCGCACUGCCAGAGCCUGAUUUCUGUUCUCAUCCUAAAGCAAAGUUCUUAACCUGAAACACUAUUUCUGGGUUAGCAGAGUCUGUAACCUGGAGCGUGUGUAACCUGAAGCGUAUGUAACCUGAGGUACCACUGUAUUGUAGCAGCCUUGGUUAUGGAUAAGAAAAGGCUUAGUUUGAAAGUAUGUUAGUGCAGUCUACAACGUACCCAAAUAAACCACUUGAAGUUGUGGAAGCCAGUUGAGGACACAAAGGACACUGCUGUUCUUAAUACAGUUGUACAGUUGUAAACUACAGAAUGCAUUCAGGGAAGCAUCAUGCUUUUCUAAGGAAAAGCACAACAUGUCCUUAUAGGCAUCCACUUCCGUGGCAUGCUAGCCUCCUGCAGUGGAGUCCCUGUAUGCUUGGAGAGAGAGAUGGAUGCAGGCAUGACCUUGCCUCUGCUCCCAUUUUCUUCCCACCACUCUCUUAUCUGGUGACUAGUACUGCUAGCAAGACUCAACAAGCACAUCUUGUACAACUGUACCUGCUGUGUUGAGUGUGGGUGGAGAGUUGAGAAAUGUCACUUCAAUUCUUCUUGUUAUGUAUCCAUAGCAGAAUGAUCCAGGGUUUGUUAGGUUGGUUGAAACAAAGCAGGUUAUGGCCAGACAGUACUGAAGACAUAUUCAAAUUCCACUGGCUGCCUCUGUAGCAAGCGAAUAUGCUAUGCUAUGGAGAGAGUAGUUAGUGAAGGAUAGCAAAACAGUCUCUCUUUGUACCAUUCUCAGAGAAUCAGGUGUAAUUGUUCUGCCAUGGAGGCAAAUUUAAUGUGCAUUUGUGAAAUGUCAGAUCACAUUUCAAUGAAUUGGACGAGUAUCAAUUCAGAGACUUAGUUCUAUUGUUUCCCAUGCAAUAUUGCUAUCCUACUUGUGUAGAUUGAGAACCCAACAGGAAUGUUCCAUUAAAAUAAACGAAACGUUCUCUCUCAAAAUCCAAGACGGUUAAUGAAUCCAAAGGUAUGCUCCAUUAAUUUCGGUGCAGCCAAAUUCUGAAAAGUGCUGCUAAAGAAUGUAUAAGGGUUCUAAUUAUUUUCAAUCUCUAUUUUAAAUAUUCACUCAUUUAGUCUUCCUGGCAGCAGCUUGGCAGCAUCUAGUGCAAUUGUUCCUUGUUGCAAAGUGUGGAACUGGCAGAGUGAAUGGGUGCGUGACUUCUACCUGCCUUCCUUCCAUCUGACGGCCACAGCAUCAAGAUGAAAAUUGCUUGCUUGAUGGGUGGCAGGGGCAGGGGGGUUCUCUGCUGGAGUGGGGUCCAACCAUGGUGGAUGGGUGCCUACUUGGCUGCUAUCUCCCCAUUGCUAUGUCAACAGCAGCUUCAAGAAUGGCGAAUGAAAUUGUCAAUGUUGCUGGGUGAAAAGUGACAGUCUCCAGUUUUGAACUUUUACAGUGGAAUAUAUAAAGAGAGGUUUGUGUAACACUCUUAUUUUAUGAGGAAAAAGCAUUCCCUCCAACAGGGGCAUUGUAAGGUACUUAAAAAGACACUGCAUGAGUUUGCAUAAUAUUUGCAUAGUUUAAAUUAUAUGUCUAGAUGAAAAUUUAGGCUGGCUUUCAGAAAGGAAAAAAAGGAUAGAGAUGAGGGAGAAAUUUGACUCAGUUAAUAUUUAAAGCCAAGCCUACUUAAUUCAUACUUUCUGGAACAAUAUGGAAACUGAAACAUAGCCUUUCUUUGAAAUUCACAUUUCUCUGAAUUUUGCAAUGCAGCUUUCUGAUCAACUAAUGUGUACAAAAAUGAAUAUACUAGGGUAAAUUUAUAUGUUAUGCAUUUAAAUGUACGUGUUAGCUAAAACAGCACACAAAAAUGCAUUACAUUGGGCAAAAAGCUUUGCAAAAAUGUGUAUAUCAGAAAAAAAUGCAAAAAAACAAGUCUGUUACAAGAAAUUCACACUAAAAUGCAGAUUAUUCUUCAUGAGGAUAUUAUUAUUAUUAUUAUUAUUAUUAUUAUUAUUAUUGACAAACAAAUGUGGAAAUGUGGAGAAUCCUAGAUUGGAAAAAUAAGAAACCAAGAGAAUCUGAAAUUGACAUCUUUGCCCAUUGCUAUUCAAGCCCUACUUUGAGCUAUGGUGUACCAACAUUACUUUCUGGUUCUGGUACACUGUAUGUUUAUUGAGCCCUCCACCUGAAACACAGUUGACAACAACUACUGCUUUUGAAUAUAUUAAAAGUAAAAUAAAGGCUUCUGGGAAAAUUAAGAUGAUGGGUGGGUGUGGGAUUUCAGUGGUAGUAUGUUGUGACAUGCUCAGUUAUAAUGUUUUUUAAAGAAUCAUUUUAAGCAUAAAUUUUAAAAAGAGGGCAAGGGCCAGGAGUUCUGGGGGCUGGCACUAAAGAUGCAGGCCUGGGGCCCACUAGGUCAUCCUCUAACAAUGCCCCUACCCUCCAGGAUUUCACAGGUGAAAAUCUAUGCACCCUAUUCACACACUAUUCUCAUACCAAAGAUCACUUUGCAUGCCCCACACCUUCCCCCAUUACACACGGUGAAAAUCUGUAGUUCACCUGCUAUAUUCUUUAUCAAACUGUCCAUCUCAUUGCUUUAGAAGCCAUGGGGGUGAGGGUUCCCUUUGUUAAAGAGUCAACUUACUAACUAUGAACUGAUUCUGCAACCAUGGAUAUAACUGAACAACACCAUCCACUCACAAGACAAAGGUAUCUGAAGGCUAGGAAGAACCCCAAAAUUUGCUUAAGUACAAAAAAAAUCUUUAGGAAAACAAAACUCUUAAAGGUAUCAACUCCAAAGGUGGCCCCAUGAGGAAUGAGCACAAAUAAUGCUGAUUAUCGGGGUGCAAAAUGGUAGGAAGGGGGAAUGGACUGGCCUAUGCUAGAAGAAGGCACAGCUGGCUGUAAUUCUGAACAGGAGUACUCCACAUGCCAAUAUUCUUUUGACGAUCCACAUUAGGCUAUAAAACAUAAUUGCCCGGCAUUAUGUUAUUAAAAGUUCAAAAUAUGCUGUGUGAAAUCACACUGUGCAUUCAUGAUGGCACCUAAGUGUUCAUCCAAAUCCAUUUAAAUGAAUGUGUGCUAGAGACUCCCACACAGGAGUUUUAACUUUAGAAACUUGUGUGUGUGUGUGUGUGUGUGUGUGUGUGUUUGUUCUUGUUCUGAAGCCUGAAGAAUGAUAUCACUAGCAACUCAUUCCCCCAAGAUCUGAACAAGGGGCCCUUGCAGAUUGGUGUUUUAUUGCAGGUAUAUUGUGCCACAUGCUCUUGCCACAAUAAUAGUGCAUCAUUGGUGGACUUAUUCUGCUUUAUUAGUUAUUAAUAUCCCCAGGGACACUACAUUAUUGCUGUCUGGAGGGGCUAUAGCACAAAAGUGGGAGAAAAUUAAAGUGGAACGUUUGUGCUAUUAAAAGUUACAGGAUUUCAGCAGAAAGUUACGGGAUAUGCAAUAAAUGAAAAAGCAGCAGUGUGACCACCCCAAAAACCUUUACAGGUGCAGACAGUAUUGAAAAUAUAUGGCACCCUGUCCCCUUAGCAUCAUGACCACAGAUCACCAAAAAUGCUCACUAAAGAGGAUGUCUGGAAAGGGUCCAAGGUAUCCCUAGUGGUUUUCUAAGGGUAGCUUCCAGAAAGCCACCUAUUAAAUUGAAAUAAUUCAACCAAAACUGAAGGCUUUGUGAACAGCCAAUUUAUAAACAUAUCCUUAUUUGAUAAGCAGACAUUAAAUUGCUGUUUUUUAAAAAAUAUAUAUUGUGUAGCGCAUGCUUUUUACUUCCAGCAAUUAUGAUAUGUACAUUUUAUUCAGAAAUACAAUGAUGAGUUCAAUCAACUUACAUGAUGCCUAUAUUUUGUUAUUCAUUUCAGAUUUCAGAGACCUAUGCCUUUCUACCAAGAGAAGCAGUGACACGAUUUCUAAUGAGCUGCUCAGAGUGCCAGAAAAGAAUGCAUUUAAACCCAGAUGGAGCAGAUCACAAAGGUAACUUUAGUGCCAAAUAGUGGGAUGUAAAGUAAUUUUAUUCAUAAUGCCCAUUUAUAUUUCCUUGGUUUAAAUGAAGACUCAUAAAACAUUGUACACUAGAACGGUUCAACAAGUCAUAUUGUCUCAUUCACUUAAGUCAGAAUAUAGUAGUCUUCUACAUUCUCUCAAAGGAUUAUGUGUAAUACCAUGUUCCUGCUAAAAUAGUAAUUUUACCUGAGGGAAACAUUCUCCCCCCUCUUCCUUUUUGUGUGUCCACUUUUGUGUGUCCAAGGAGGAGAUAGCGUGCAUGAAUAGUCACAAUGUUUUGGAUUUAUAAACUCAAAAUAUUUAUCUAAAAAGAUGCAUGUACCUUCUGUCAAGAAGAGGUGGCAAGAAUACACAGAGGAACUAUACCAGAAAGAAAUGGAUGUCUCGUAUACCCCAGGUAGUGUGGUUGCUGACAUUGAGCCAGACAUCCUGGAGAGUGAAGUCAAAUGGGCCUUAGAAAGCACUGCUAAUAACAAGCCCAGUGGAAGUGAUGAUAUUCCAGCUGAACUAUUUAAAAUUUUAAAAGUUGAUGCUGUUAAAGUGCUACACUCAAUAUGCCAGCAAAUUUGGAAAACUCAGCAGUGGCCAGAGGAUUGGAGAAGAUCAGUCUACAUCCCAAUCCCAAAGAAGGGCAGUGCCAAAGAAUGCUCCAACUACCGCACAAUUGCACUCAUUUCACACGCUAGCAAGGUUAUGCUUAAAAUUCUACAAGGCAGGCUUAAGCAGUAUGUGGACCGAGAACUCCCAGAAGUGCAAGCUGGAUUUAGAAGAGGCAGAGGAACCAGAGACCAAAUUGCAAACAUGCGCUGGAUUAUGGAGAAAGCUAGAGAGUUCCAGAAAGACAUCUACUUCUGCUUCAUUGACUAUGCAAAAGCCUUUGACUGUGUCGACCACAGCAAACUAUGGCAAGUUCUUAAAGAAAUGGGAGUGCCUGAUCACCUCAUCUGUCUCCUGAGAAAUCUCUAUGUGGGAUAAGAAGCUACAGUUAGAACUGGAUAUGGAACAACUGACUGGUUCAAAAUUGGGAAAGGAGUACGGCAAGGCUGUAUAUUGUCUCCCUGCUUAUUUAACUUAUAUGCAGAAUUCAUCAUGCGAAAGGCUGGGCUGGAUGAAUCCCAAGCCGGAAUUAAGAUCGCCGGAAGAAAUAUCAACAACCUCAGAUAUGCAGAUGAUACAACCUUGAUGGCAGAAAGUGAGGAGGAAUUAAAGAACCUUUUAUUAUUAUUUUUUUUUUUAAAGCAAUUUAUUGGGUUUUACAAUAAAAAUAAACAUAUUAAACAAUAUGACCUUUGUCUUGACAUAAUUUCACAUUUUCUUUGGACUUCCUCACAUCUCCCGCUCCCACUUUCAUCGUUAUAACAUUUUGUCAGCAAUUUAUCAUCUUAUUUAAAUUCUUAUAUCGCUUCUAUAUUUCAUAAUCUUAUAAUUUUCAAAGGGAAUUAAAUUUUCACAGUCUUACUUAUUUUCAUAGAAAACUUCUAAAUUUAGUGGUGCUCAGUUAUUUUAGUCUAGCAUCUUAUUUAGCAUUCACUCAAGUUGCAAUAUUUUUGUAAAUAGUUCUUAAAUUUCUUCCAAUCCUCCUCAAUCCUUUCUUCUCCCAGGUCACGGAUUCUGCCGGUCAUUUCAGCCAGUUCCAUGUAGUCUAUCAGUUGCAUCUGCCAUUCUUCCAGUGUGGGUAGAUCUUGAGUUUUCCAAUGUUUUGCAAGAAGUAUCCUUGCUGCUGUUGUUGCAUACAUAAAAAUGUCUGAUCCUUCCUUGCCACCCCUUGGCCGACAAUACCCAAAAGGAAAGCCUCUGGUUUCUUAGUGAAGGUAUAUUUAAAUACCUUUUUCAGUUCGUUAUAAAUCAUCUCCCAGAACGCCUUCACUUUAGGGCAAGUCCACCAGAGGUGGAAGAACGUUCCCUCAGACUCUUUACAUUUCCAACACUUAUUAUCAGACAGGUGGUAAAUUUUUGCAAGUUUGACUGGGGUCAUAUACCAUCUAUAAAUCAUUUUCAUUACAUUUUCUUUCAGAGCGUUACAUGCGGUAAACUUCAAUCCAUUACUCCACAACCUUUCCCAGUCCUCAAACAUAAUAUUAUACCCAAUGUCCUGUGCCCACCUUAUCAUAGCCGAUUUAACCGUUUCAUCUUGUGUAUUCCAUUCCAACAGCAAGUUAUACAUCCUUGAAAGUACCUUAAUCUUUGGUUCUAACAAUUCUGUUUCUAGUUUCGAUUUCUCCACCUGGAACCCUAAUUUCUUAUCAUUUUUAAAAACUUCUUUAAUCUGAGCGUAAUGUAACCAAUCUCGCACUUUGUCUUUCAUUUUCUCCAAACUCUGCAAUUUCCAAUUGUCUCCAUCCUUUUCUAAUAUUUCCCAAUAUUUUGGCCAUUUAGCCUCCAUAUUGGGUCUUUUUCGCGCCUUAGCUUCCAAAGGUGAAAGCCACCUUGGUGUUUUGUUUUCCAGCAAGUCUUUAUAUUUUGUCCAGACAUUAAACAGUGAUUUUCUGACAAUAUGGUUCUUGAAGGCCUUAUUUGCUUUAACUUUGUCAUACCAUAAAUAUGCAUGCCAUCCAAAAACAUUGUUAAACCCUUCCAGAUCUAACACAUCAGUGUCUUCAAGAAGUAGCCAGUCUUUUAGCCAGCAGAACGCUGCGGCUUCAUAAUACAACUUUAAGUCUGGCAGGGCAAAGCCCCCUCUUUGUUUUGCAUCAGUUAAUAUCUUAAACUUAAUUCUGGGCCUUUUGCCCUGCCAGACAAACUUAGAAAUGUCUCUCUGCCACUUCUGAAAGCACUCCAUUUUGUCCAAAACCUGAAGUGUCUGAAAUAAAAACAACAUCCUUGGCAAUACAUUCAUCUUAAUAGCAGCGAUUCGGCCUACCAAAGAAAGUUUCAGUUUUGACCAACUAUCUAAGUCUCUUUUAAUUUCUGUCCAGCAUUUUUCAUAAUUGUCCUUAAAUAGACUUAGGUUUUUUGCUGUUAUAUUUACCCCUAGGUAUUUUACUUUUUUAACCACAUUGAGUUCCGUCUCAUUCUGAAACCGUUCUGACUCUGUAUCAGUUAAAUUUUUCCCCAAAACCUUAGUUUUCUGUUUAUUUAAUUUAAAUCCAGCCACCCGACCAAAGUCAUUAAUCAAUUGUAAUACUCUUUUCGUACUGGGCUCUGGCUUCUGCAGGGUCAAAACCAGGUCAUCUGCAAAAGCUUUUAGUUUAUAUUGUUUCUGACCAACCUGAAUUCCUUCCACCAACCGAUCCCCUCUAAUCAUGUUCAAUAGCACUUCCAGAACCGAAAUGAAUAACAAAGGGGAGAUAGGGCAACCUUGUCGUGUCCCUUUUUCAAUUUUGAACUCUUCUGUGACCACAUUAUUAACUAUCAAUUUAGCUUUCUGUUCUGAAUAUAUCGCCUCAAUCCCAUUCUCAAAACCCCGUCCCUUAAUUAAAGAACCUUUUAAUGAGGGUGAAAGAGGAGAGCGUAAAAUAUGGUCUGAAGCUCAACAUCAAAAAAACGAAGAUCAUGGCCACUGGGCCCAUCACCUCCUGGCAAAUAGAAGGGGAAGAAAUGGAGGCAGUGCGAGAUUUUACUUUCUUGGGCUCCCUGAUCACUGCAGAUGGCGACAGCAGUCACAAAAUUAAAAGACGCCUGCUCCUUGGGAGAAAGGCGAUGGCAAACCUAGACACCAUCUUAAAAAGCAGAGACAUCAAAGGUCUGUAUAGUUAAAGCUAUGGGUUUCCCAGUAGUGGUGUAUGGAAGUGAAAGCUGGACCAUAAAGAAGGCUGAUCGCCAAAGAAUUGAUGCUUUUGAAUUAUGGUGCUGGAGGAGACUCUUGAGAGUCCCAUGGACUGCAAGAAGAUCAAACGUAUCCAUUCUUAAGGAAAUCAGCCCUGAGUGCUCACUGGAAGGACAGAUCGUGAAGCUGAGGCUCCAGUACUUUGGCCACCUCAUGAGAAGAGAAGACUCCCUGGAAAAGGCCCUGAUGUUGGGAAAGAUUGAGGGCACAAGGAGAAGGGGACAACAGAGGAUGAGAUGGUUGGACAGUGUUCUCGAAGCUACCAGCAUGAGUUUGACCAAACUGCGGGAGGCAGUGGAAGACAGAAGUGCCUGGCGUGCUCUGGUCCAGGGGGUCACGAAGAGUCAGACACGACUAAACGACUAAACAACAACAACAACCUUCUGUCAGGGUAGCACGAUGGAGCAACUUAAAAUACCAAAGAUAAUAAGGACUACAGGAACCUGAGAUGCCAGCAAAUGAAGCUUGUAUCGCCCCUAAUGUAAAGGCCUUCACGUGCUCUCAUGAAUGUUGAUGCCCUCAGCAGGGUGAAGAUCAGACUAAUGUAGUUUCUUACUCAUUUUUAUUUGCUGCUGCUCAUUUAAAGGGGAUUGUUCCAUAAAUUGUUUAUACGACUUCAUGGACAUUUUUUUGUGAAGCAACUUGUGGGGCGUGUGUGUGUGGAAUGUUCAGGAAGGCAAGUUAGAAAUUAUUUUAAUAAACAAAUAAAUAAAAGUAAAAAUAAGGGCUCAUUUAAGGUACCAAGGAGCCCUAUACUGAAUAUAUAUUUUGAGACAAAGGACAAUACCCCCUUCUUAGUCUUUUAUAUAAAUAAAUUAUUAUUAUUAUUAUUAUUAUUAUUAUUAUUAUUAUGCACACACAAACCUAUACAUAGUACUACUGCCAUUAGAAUUCCAACUAAAGUUAACAUUUUAGAGCAAUGAGGCGAUUCCUCCUCAGGAGAAAUUUUGAGGGAAGCCCAAAGAGAUUUGAAAAAUGAGCAAAUUUUCUCAGAAGUCUUUUCUCAUCCUUGAACGACACAGGAAGCAUUCCUUGCCCCUAUCCAUUCCAUCCAGUCUUACUCCUUGCUGGACUUACUCUCUAGCACAGUUAGAAUGCUAGUUAAAUCAGGCCAUUCUAUUAUUCUGGCACAUAAUAUGGUGACCUUGCAGAUGCUAAAGGUAUCAGGAUUGACUUGUAGCUGAAUGAAAUAAUGCCUGAAAACCCUGUGCUUGCUGCUUUGAGUGUCAUCAUGGAAGAAAGGGGGAAUAUAAAUAUAACAAGAAAGUGCUAAAAUCCACCAAAACAUUGUCACAUAGGACUUUUUCAGGGGACUCAGUUCACACAUCAUGACGGCUGUAAAGCAGUGUUUCAUGAUGAAACACACCCAUAGUAGGAAGUACUAUAUACCAUUUAUUUGUAAUUAUUUUGUUUAUAGAAAACUCCAUAAUCAUACCUUUUUUAAUCUUUGUUUAUUCUUACAGAUAAUGGGAAGCCCCCAACUUUGGUUACCAGCAUGAUUGAUUACAACAUGCCAAUCACAAUGGCCUACAUGAAGCACAUGAAGCUACAGUUAUUAAAUUCCCAGCAAGAUGAGGUAAAUAUCUAAGACUAAUUCAUAAUAACAGUAGUGGUGGACUACGUUCAUCUAUCACAUUAGCAAUUUGUUUAGUCUACUAUUAAGAGUAAUUUUUAAAACUACAACUUCAUUUGCUCUAAUGACACAGAAGAAAUGGAAAACAUUCACAUAAUCAUAGGUUUGAAAUCAUACCUUGCUAUUUAUAGUUUAUGAUUCUACAUAGAGUAUGCAACAUAUUCAAUCUUGAGAGCUGAUCAUAUGGGGUUUUCUAUGGUUCUGUUUCCUCAUGUUCAAAUAAUGAGAGAGAAGGGGAAAGGUACUUGGGAAGGACAUUCUUCUGGAUUGUUCACUUCACUCCUUGGGCUUGACUUGACCUGCUUUUUCUUAACAAUACUCAAGUAUGGAAGAGCUGUUUUGUUGGCUCAUGUUAAUGUUUAUUCUUCAAAUAUUUUAGAUGGCAGAUUUUCAAGAGUUCCAUUUUAAGGCAGAAGUGGGAGGUCAGAAAGGCAAUUGUGGCCCUUCUGGACUCUCCAUCUGAUCCUUGGGAUUCUCAGCAUGUCUUCUGAACAUGGGGCUUAGCUCUCUCCAGACAAACCAUGACCUCUAGCCAAUAUUUGUCCUACUUUGGCAUUUCUGGGAGAGCUAAACCACAAGCCCACGUUCAGAUGACCAACUAGCCAAACCACGACUUAACUCAGCACAGUGCAGCAGUAGAACUAGAACAGAUCCAAAGCAGCUGUGACCUCCUCUCCAGGCAUGCUCAUUCAUGCUAAGUCAUGGUUUGGCUUAAUAUUAUGCAUAGUGAAACUGUAAAAGCUAUUGCCAGAGGCAGUACUGAAGCCUGGGAAGGGUAUGAGAGAGCAUGUACAUUUGUGACUUAUUAUCAACCAAGUCCAUCAGAAACUUCUGUAGAUGUCUUAAGAAUUAGCAUGCUUAGGUCUUGGAACCUAGUUUGUUCAAUUCACAUGGUUUGUUAGUGUGUAUGUUAGUGUGCAUGUGUUUAAAUGAUCUCUGCCAAAUAAAACACUUAGCGCAGCUUCAAAAGUGAGUCGCUACUUAAAUUUACAGCAAAACCCUUGAGUCUGGGUUUAUGCAAGUGGGAUUUCAGGAUAUGCUUAAAGCUUUUCUGAGUAGGGGUUUUCUGAGUGGGAUAAGCAGAAGAAAUAUAACGAAGAGUUGAUCUGAUUAUCUGGGAGAAUUAAAGGAAAACUGAUCUAGUAUUUUUGCCUUUUCUCUGUUUUACUUUACACCAUCUGACAAUUUAGUAGAAUAAUUAGAUGGAUAGGGUCACUUGCAGCUUAGACAGGGUCUCAAAGGUCAUGUAAGAUAUUUGCAGUUAUUAAGAUCAUAUUGAAUUAUGUAAUAUUUUCCGUUCAGUUUCAUGUUUGCAAGCUAGUUGAUGAAAGGCUUAAGCUGAAAUCCUGUACCUGCUUACCUAAGAAUGUCCCAUUGAACUUAAUAAGACCAGCUUCAGUGUAGAUGUGUCUAGGAUUUUGCUACAUGUGAAAGAAAGGCAAGGUAGACUGGCAUCUUCUAAUACCACCACCAUUCCUUUUAUUUAAUAUGUUCAGGCUUUGAGUGCCAUUGCUUAUGUAGUUAAAAUGGCACCUUUCACAGAAAACAGGCAGGUAUCAGCAGCUUCCAGGGUGUGGGAGAAGGGCAGAAGUAAACAAAAAUAUCUGAAGUAAAAACCUGAAUAGGAGAUCUCAAGAAUAACCACAAAAUACUGAUGGUCAGAAACCUAGGUGGAUUGAUCCACACUGACUUUGCAGUACCUUGCCCCACACUCCUCUCCAUCCUUGAAUGCUGGAAUUCUCCAUCCUGGAAUCCAUCUUCGAACUCAGCCAGAGGGAGGUCAGGUGAGCAGCACAGGUCAACCAUACUGGCUACCCCUGCUCUAUUUCCUUCCCUUCCUACCAGUAGCAGAUAAUGUGAUGCCCUCCAGAUGCUGGACUCCAGGUCUCAUCAGCCAAAGCAAGCAUAGUGAUUCAUCAGAGAGAGCACCCUGUUGGCGACCCCUAGGGCAGAUCACUGUGGAGGAGUGCUGACUAACUGGACCAGUAAACAGGAACAAAAUAAUGAUAACAAGACUCCAUACUGCCACUGUUAGCUGCAGGUCCUAUUUAUCAAUUCUACUGGCUUUGCUCCUGCAUCCUAUCAUCAUAGAGCACAUCUAACAACUGAAUACUGCUGGUGGAAGAGGGGAGUAUCAGAGAAAUGUGACUCUGAGUAGAAUACAGUUGACUGGACAUCAGUAGCCAGUAGCUGUUUUAUGCAAGAGCUUCUGACCUUACUCACUGUCUAGCAGGAGCAAUCUAUGUGAAGAGAAAAAAAGUCAACUCUUUAUUUAAAAAUAUGCCACCAUUCUUAACAAGGCUAGCUUCAGGUUUGAAGGAGCCUCUGGUAAACUGUGCUCUGGUAGGUUGCCUCCAAUAUUAGUGGGUCUCCUGAUAUGGGCUUACCUGAAAACAGCUAUAAGCCGCUUCCCUCUGUGAGUGAGUAUAGUAGUGGCCGAUGUAGGUGUCUUUUUCCAUUGAUGGAGUGGUUGGUGGGUGGAGCAUGGCCACACCAUUUUGUGAUCCUUUCUCUUUUUUCUGCUCUUUAGAUGUGGCAGCCAUUACACCAGCCCCCAAAGUAGUCAUUUUGUGUCAUGCCAUGCCCCAAUAGCAGCCAUUCCCCCCUCCCAAAUGUGCACACUGGCCCAGAAGGCCUUUGUGCAUAUAGAGCCUAUUUACAGCUCAGUGUAAAUUAGGCUAAUUUUUAGGAAUUUUGUCCCCUUUGCCAGGUUGCAAACAUCUGUAAUGGUGUAAAAUACUGCUACUGAUGAAUGAGUUGGGCUUGAUUCAGAAAGGGCAUACUUAAAAUGAAUAAAUUUGUCUUGGUUCAAAUUGGACUCAAAAUUGUUCCUUUGAAUUGGGGGGCUCUGGGUUUGGCAUGCUCCCAAUAGCGUUAUUGGGGAUUGACAAGGCCUUCACACCCCAGAGGAAUAUAGCAAGGACUGCAGGCCUCCACAAGCUCCAGAUGAGUCCCAAUCCACUCCCUCCCUUUCUUCCCCACCCACCAUGAUUUACUUGGUAGAUGCAACAAAGGUCUACUUUUGUGACCUUGAUUGUGGCAAUAGUAUUGUUGGCUCCAUGAUCCCUGGAGUAACACCUUCCUGGGGUUUCUGGGUCCCUAGUAAGGAGUCAUUAGCUUAAAUAAACUUUGGCCUCCAGGAAUCUUGUUGAACAUGUUUUUGGACACCAGUUUUCUUGGGCCCAGAACAUUUCCCUGUGCUGCUGGAAGGAACUUAUUUCACAUGGGGAAGCAGAAUUCCUCUUGGAAGCUCAUAUACUGAAAGAGUGCAACAUAUCAUUACACAGUGCAAAGAGAGUUGUUCAGUACAGAGACACUAAACCUUUAGACUGUCUUGUUUCAUAUUAUGAAAUGGGGGGGGGGGAGCUGUGGUGAGAGUACCUCAGCUAUCUGGAACUGUUCUAUUUUGCCUUUUUUAAAUCAGCGAUUAUCAGUCCUAGUAUCUCAGUUACUUAUAGAAAUCCUGCUUCUCUUCACUCAAAUUCCCAUGCCCUUCUCCGCAGUAGCUGUAAUCCUGAGUCUAUUUACACUCAUCAGUUGGAUUUAAGCACAUGUAACUGUUGAUUUAAGCAGAGUCUCGUGCCCAGCGGAAGGAUGAGGAAAAUGUGCUGCAUACUCUAUAUUGCUUUUAUUUACAGUUCAAAGCUGGUAUAUUACAGAAAGACAUCUUGCCUCUGCCGGAGCAGAAAAUGCAUCCUCUCUCCUCGACAGCUCGGAGAGAAUCACACAGUGAAAAAACAGGAAACCAGUGUGCGUCACAUCCAGUCUCCCUUUCCCGUGAGAAACUCCAACAGUACAGACUGUGGAAUGUAAACACCUGUCUCGUGACAAGCAGAGCUGCACAGUGAAGGAAAGCAGAAACCAACAUCCUCCCCUUUCUGUGAACAUCACUGGGCAGCGUGUUUGCACAAUAUCAGUACAAACCCAACUUCUGCACAUAGGUACAGUGUUGAUCCCUCGAUACAAUCUUGGACAAUACAUCAGCAGGAAUUUCAUUACCUGGCAUAUAGGACACCGUUACGAGUCCCUUCUGAAUACAUUCCCUAGCAUGCUGCAACUUUAAUUGCAAGUGCUUUGUGCUUUGCUUACAACCUUCAGACUUCAGCAAAGCCAAACAUGCUUUGUUGUCCUGGUAAACCUGGAUUGGACAUUUGACAGGAAUUUUCAUAUCUUUGCACAAUUGUACUAACCAUUCACAAUCCUUAAGUGAAUAAGACAGUGCAUUCAGUUCGGCUUCACAAGUACUUAAGCUAACUGUUGUUUGCUUCUUGCAUGACCAAUCAAACAGACUCUGAUUGUACAUGUAGCAAACUCCAGACGUACCUUUCCUGUCUGUAGCGUCACUUCCAAAACUUGCAUCUGCAAAUAUCUCAAGACCACCAGACUUCUGAUUGUUAAAUCUCAGUCUGUAAUGCAUAGUGCCUUUCAAAUACCGCGCUAUGCGUUUCAGAGCUUUCCAAUCCUUGACACUAGGAUUGUUGACUUGUCUGCUUAGCAAAUUACAGCUAACAGCAAUGUCUGGUCUUGAACAUCUGGCAAUGAAGUUUAGCUUGCCUAGCACACUCCUGUACAGUGUAGUGUCAGAAAAUGCUUCUUCAGUGUCAUCUACCUGAUAACCUGUUGUCAUCGGUGUGUCUACAGGGUUAGCAUCCAUCAGAUUUAGUUUGCUUAACACAUCAGCAAUUUUCCGUGACUGGUGUACUAGAAUGUUACCAUCUUGAUCUCUCUCUAUUUCCAGAGAUAGGUAGUUGUUUACCUCACCAAGAUCUUUCAUGUCAAAGUGCUCUUUCAGUUGAGCUAGGGCGCUAUUGUACAUUGCAACAUCUUUCCAAAAGAAUAAUAAAUCAUCAACAUAAAACAAACAGUACAGUUUCUUUUGCCCCUCCUCUUUGACAAAUACACAUGGAUCAGCUUUCCCUUGCUGAAAACCUAGAGAAAACAAUACUUCAGUGAGUUUUGUGUGCCAACACCGUGCACUUUGUUUGAGACCAUAAAGGGAUUUCUUCAGAGCACAAACAAAUCCCUGUUUUACCUGUACGCCAUCAGGUGGAAGCAUAUAAAGUGAUUCAUCUAGAGAUCCGUACAGAAAAGCUGUAUUAAUAUCAUGGUGACUAAUGUGUAGAUUUUCCUCUGCAGCUAGCUUAAGCAUAAGCCUAAUGCUUUCAUAUCUCACUGUGGGUGAAUAGGUCUCGUGAUAGUCUUCACCUGGUACCUGUGCAAAACCUCUGGCUACCAAUCUGGCUUUGUGUCUGACUAUCUUGCCAUUUUGAUCUGUCUUCGCUUUGAAGACCCAUUUGCUUCCAAGCAGUUUCAUUCCUGGAACUACUGGAACUAGCUCCCAUGUUUUGUUCCUUUCUAAGGAAUCAAGCUCAGCCUUCAUGGCAUUUAACCAUGGCUCAGCUUCCUUUGAAUCCAAACCCUGGAUUUCUUGGAAACUUGAAGGUUCAAAUACCUUCUUGGAGCUUUUAACAGCUGUUACUGCUAUCUUAGCAAACUCAUCAGCAAAUCUCUUUGGAGGUUUGCCUUUUGUGGCUCUCUGUGACCUACGAAUUAGCCUUAAGUCUUCAACACUCUCCUCUUCCUUCUAGGAGAAAAACGACCUAUUGUGAACAAUGGUUCCUCCAAUUCUUGAUCAGAGCUUUCAGAGGGUCGCAUAGAGGCUUUCGCACUCUUGAAAUCCUCUGAAUCACCCGAUUCAGUUUCAGAUUCAGACUCAGAACUUUCAUCAGUGGGUGUGGGCUGUUGUGGUUGCUUUUGACUAUCCUCAGUCUCAUCACCGUCAUCAGGAUAACAUUGGAAAAUUCCCACAUUCUCCCCCCUUUGCAUUGUACUCAACACUUCUCGUGAGCUUAAUUGUCUUAGAGUCAGUCAUCAUUAUUCUGUAAGACCCUUUCUGAUAACCUAGAAAGAUACCAUGCAAUCCACGCUUGUCUAACUUGGAGUUUUGUGGUGAGCGAACCCACAUGUCAGAACCAAAAAUCUUCAUGUGUUUAAUGUAUGGCUUCUUGCCAAACAUCUUCUCAUAGAGGUACAACCAAUCGCUGAAGAUAACCUGCGAUUGUAACUGUAAACAAAACACGAGAGAGAUUCGGCCCAAUAACUCUCUGGAAGAUUGGCAUCAUGCAGCAAGGUUUUUAAUCCUUGAAGCAAUGUUUGAUUUGCCCGUUCCGCAAGUCCAUUCUGCCAUGGCGAGCGAGGACUAGACAAAUCGUGUUGAAUUCCUUUCUCAGUCAGAAAAGCUUCAAACUGCUGAGAAGUGAAUUCCCCCCCGCGAUCACUGAAAAGAGUCUUUAUCUUCUUACCAUGCACAUUUUCCAACCAAGCACAGAAUUCCUUGAACCUAGGAAAAGCCUCCGAUUUCUGCUUGAGAUUGUACACAAAAAUAUAUCUAGAAAAUGCAUCAAUGAGAACCAUGAAGUAUCUAUUUCCACCCAAAGAGGGCGCUAGUGGUCCAACCAAAUCAGCAUGAACAACCUGGUAUGGUUCUGUAGCUUUCCUACUAGACACCUUACCUUUCGCAGCCAUUUUCACCUUGUUUGCUGCGCAUGCUUUGCACUUCAUGUGGUACCUGCAGGGUUUAAUAGUCAUACCUUCAACCAAGGCAGGCAUUUUAGAUACUGCCUCAAAAUGCAAAUGACCAAAUUUUCUAUGAAAAUCGUGAAUACAUUCUGCAUGCAAACUUUUGUUAGAACCUGCAAUGCAACAAGUGUCAUCCUGCACCACAUCAUCAUAAUACAAAACAAACAAACGAUCAACAUAUUCUGCAUGCAAUACAUAAUCAUUUUUCUUUGUGAUGAUGCACUUCUUGUUCUUGAAGGAAACGUCAAUGUUCCGCUCAUUCAGCUGUCCAACGCUGAGCAGAUUAUGUUUGGCGUCUGGCACGUAAAGCACAUUCUGUAUCGAUAAGCCCAAACUGUGAAGAACAACAGUUCCGUAGCCUUUACUGGGAAUAGUGUGGUCAUCCGCCUGGUGAAUCGCACCUUCCUGCGGUGUAAAAGACACAAACAGUUUCUUAUCGUUGCACAUGUGGUGGGUGGCCGCUGAAUCAACAACGAAGAAAGAUCUAGACGUCUUCUGGACCUCUGCAACCUUUGGAGUGAAGCGUGAAACCAUAGCCUUGUGCUGCGUUGUCCUAGACACCGGACCUUUGCCUUUGCCUCGGCCUUUUCCGCGCGAUGAGCUUUCGCUGCGCUGCUCUGUCUUGGCCCUGGGAUGUCUGCAUUCCCUCUUCAUAUGGCCUAGACGUCCACACGAGUAGCAUUUCACUGCCUUCAAAGCUUUGGCGCCAUCUGGUGGUUCCACUGCACUAUGGGAUGACGUCUGUGAAGACUCCCCCUUGCCCAUGCAGCUAGCACCCCGGCGAUCUGCUUCAUUUAAAAUCACGGCAGUAACAAAGUCCACUGUCAGCUGAGCAGUUGGUUGCACAGCAAUCUGGGUUGCAACAGACUCCCAACCUGAACCCAAAGAUUGUAGUAUCAUGAAAGAAUACACAGCCUCUGGAAAGUUGAGUCCUCUCUGUUGCAGCUCAUGUCUCAGAUUUUGCAUCUCCAUCAGAUGUAAACGCACAUCUCCACCUUCAGCAAGAGCCAUAUUGUGCAGCUUGUUAAAGUAAAACAUAGUGGAUCCAGCUUCUGUCCUUAAGUGAGCCUCUCUCAGAGCGUCCCAAAUUUCUCUGGCUGAGGUCUUAUCACGCAAUAGACAGAGCUCUUCUGGGGAUACUAUCAAUGUAAGAGUUCCCCUUGCUUUGGAAUCCUUAGCUUCCCAUGCAUCUGUAACUGGAACUGGGGGUUCCUGUAAUCACCUCAAACAAACCCUCUUUCCGCAGAAUUGCCUCUGCAUACUGAACCCAGUCGCUGUAAUUUUUCUUGUUGAGCUUAGGAAUCCCACAAGCAUCCUGAAGGGCCAUCAUGACUCUGGCAUUAGCCUUCAGCAUCAUAUAUAUGCUGCUUUAAUUCUUGCUGCGUCACUGCUGCAGCUGCCUUACUCCAAAGGCGCACUUAAAAGUUACUUUCGAUUUCCCCAGCAUAGUGACUUGUGCCUGGGAGCCUUUUGCCUAUUCCCGGCAAAACCGGCUUUAAAAGUUCAAAGUCCAGCCAUAAAGCCAUUAACUUGAAGCUGGCAGGCUGCCCGGAGCAGUAGCACAUACCUCAUCAAUCACUUCUACGCGCAGAGCAGAUUCCUUUCCGAUCCGUCCCUCUGCAUUCCGAUCCUUUGCCGGCACUCCGAUUCGACUUCUGGAGUCCAUAACCACGUGUUGAUUUAAGCAGAGUCUCGUGCCCAGCGGAAGGAUGAGGAAAAUGUGCUGCAUACUCUAUAUUGCUUUUAUUUACAGUUCAAAGCUGGUAUAUUACAGAAAGACAUCUUGCCUCUGCCGGAGCAGAAAAUGCAUCCUCUCUCCUCGACAGCUCGGAGAGAAUCACACAGUGAAAAACACAGGAAACCAGUGUGCGUCACAUCCAGUCUCCCUUUCCCGUGAGAAACUCCAACAGUACAGACUGUGGAAUGUAAACACCUGUCUCGUGACAAGCAGAGCUGCACAGUGAAGGAAAGCAGAAACCAACAGUAACUGGGCACAACAGUCAGUUAAUUACUCUUGUAUAGAUCUUUUAGUUAAAUGACAAAGAAUCAAAGCAUUCUAGGUUGUCAGUUCUAGGCUGAACAACACCAAGUAAUUGCUUGGUAAGCCCUAAUCUAUAUGAACACAGUGCCUGAAAAUUAUCUUGACAUUUGUUAAUAUGCUUGUGAUACAGAAUUUUAUAUUUUCAGGAUGAAAGCUCUAUAGAAAGUGAUGAAUUUGAUCUGAGUGACUCCACCAGGAUGUCUGCUGUGAACUCUGACCUCAGUUCAAAUCUUGAAGAAAGAAUUCAAAGUCCGCAGAAUCUCCAGGGCCAGCAAGAUGGUAAGCUAACUUUUCGGCAAAUGAAGCUGAGUUUUGUUGAUCAGUUCCUUUUUUCUUUUGUUCAUUGUCAAUGCUGUGGGGUAUAGGGUAGUAAACAAAGCCAUUUUUGCUACUAUUCAUUCAUUAUGAUGCUUCUGAUCUGUGCACAUUUAUUGUGUCAGUAGACAACCUUAAGUACUGUUUUGUGUCUAAAUGAUUUACUUGGCUCACUUUUGUGCCACUUCCCAAAGAUGCAAAAAUAUUCAGCCUUAUAUAUAACAUAUAUUAUGAAGAGACAGUGGCAUUUCCAAAUGUGCACGCCUCUAGUUUCUUUCACAAAAGUAAACUACCAUUCAUUUUUAUGGGAAAAUAUGAAGUAUUGCACAUGGAGACAUUGCAGUACACGGAGGCAAAACUAGCCAUACGUAGAGGCACUGAAUGUACAUCAAGGAAUCUGUGGUUUUCCAGAUGUUGUUAAACUACAACACCUGUCAGCCCCAACCAGCACGGCCAAUGGUCAGGGGUGAUGGGAGUGAUGGUCCAACAAAAUAAUGAGGGCCACAGAUUCCCCACAGCCUGUUGCAUAUACCCGUGAGUCCUCAAGAUCCCUAAAAAAUAUAGGGGAAAAUAUAGCGAAAAAUAAAGAAGCAGGACAAAAAAGAAAAAAAAGGCUUGUAGUAGCAGAGAUGUCAGAAAAAGGAUUUUCAGUCUUGCUUUUGACAUAGAGUCUGCUUUAGUAGAGAUGGUAUCCACAAUAUACUGACAACAAUUUUAUUAGUCGUUUUCGUGUAAAAUUGAGGUUGGCAUGGAGUGGAUUAGGGUUCAUUUUAAGUAAAUGGAAGCAAUUGUGGUUCCAAGUCUGUGAUCUAAGGGAGAUGAGUGUCCAACUGGAGGCAAGAUCUUGUCCCCACAGUACUAAAAUAUAGCAGUCCAGUGUCUGACUGCCAUGUGCCCUUGACUACAUCUAUUACCCUUUUGAACAUUAUUUAUCCUGCAUCCUAGCAACAUCCCAUAUCAGAGACAGGCCAAGACCUGAGAACUAUAUGAAUGAAUGGGAAGCUUGUGCCCCCUUCACAUGUCACAUUGAAUGUGUAUGGAGGAAAUAAGUGAGGUCAUUUGUGUUUCAGGUUCUCUGUACAGUGGUAUCUCGGGUUGCGAAUGGGAUCUGUUCCGGAGCCCCGUUCGCAUGCCAAAUGGAAUGCAAAACACGACGGCGUGUCUGCGCGUGUGCAGGUUGCGUUUUGCCGCUCCUGCGCAUGCGCAUGACGUCAUUUUGAGCGUCUGUGCAUGCGUGAGCGGCGAAACCCGGAAGUAAUGUACUCCGUUACUUCCAGGUUGCCGUGGAGCGCAACUCGAAUGUGCUCAACCCGAAGUGCAUUCACUCAACCCGAAGCGCAUUCAACCCGAAGCGCAUUCAACCCGAAGCGUAUGACUGUAAUGCAAAGAAAGCCCUAUAUGCAAACUGUUUUAUGAAUGUAGCAUGCAUGUAGAAAUUCAGCUGAAUAUAUGAAGGUUGGGAAGGAUAACAGCAUGUGCCAUCCCACUCCCCAACUUAAUGCACUUAAUGCAAUGCAUGGGAAUGGCUAUUAAAUGCAAGGAUGCAGUGAAACCUUGUAAUAAAGCCUAAGACUUCUUCUCUAAGUAUGAAGGUUUAAAUUCUUUGCUGUUGUACAGAGAAUAGUGUAACACAAUUUGUUAAGACCAGUGUACAGAUGCACUCCACUAGAAUACUUCCUUCCAUUUCCUAGUGUUCACUUAAAGCUGUCAUCAUUUUUUUUCAGCGUCAUAGCUCUGUCAGUGCACCCUUCUGUACUUCUGCCCCUCUAGGUGGCAGGCACACAAUAUGCCCACUUCAAGAAUCUACUUACCUAAAUCUUUGAAUAUUCUCCUUGUGGCUUCCUAUCCUGCUGCCCUAAACUAAUUCAUUCUGUUAGAAUUCUGUCACUUACUCACAAGCUGCAUCCCAGCCUAGCAGCUGAGGCUCUGUUUCUCUUUUCUCUGUUAUACCUUGGGGGAUUCCAGCUCACAAUAUUAGUGUGUCAGAGCCACUAGGGCUACCUGAAAGUAAAAGCUAAAAGUAGGUUCAGUAAAAUUCCUUUUCUGAAAACAAAGUUCUUUACUAUAUUGUUUUUAAAUGGAAAGUUACUAGACUUGCCAUAUAAGGUGUUUUUUUUAAACAAACAAACAAACAAACAAACAAACAAACAAACAAACAAACAGACUGUGCUUUGAGAAGACAAUUCCCUAUCCAAGGGCUCAUUUCUGAAAAUAUAACACUUUCUGAGAGGGUUAAGAUUAAGAAGUGGGACCUAGCUGUGCUUGCAAGAAUAACAACUGUGCAUCUCUUCCUAGUGAUGCAGAGAUAUUUUUUUUUUGUUGACUCACUUGGUCUAUGGCCUACUUCUGACUACUUGGUUUUUUUUAUAAUAAUUUUUUAUUCAUUUUCCAAACAUUUUUAUACAAUCAACUCAUAUUAACUCUCACAUUCAUCAAUUUUUGACUUCCCUCAGUUUCUCUGCCAAUAUUUCAUUAAAAUUUCUAUUGUUAACGCAUUUCUGAACUUAUUAUUGCCUUUAACCAUUCCUCUUCCUUUCUCCUACUUUCUUUUUUACAAUAAUUCUUAAUUUUUCACAGAGACUCUUCAAAACCAACAAGCGUUGUCUGUGCAUCACAUAUGCUUUUCAGAUAAUCUGUAAAUUUCCCCCAGUCCUUGAUAAACUUUUGGUCUUUCUGAUAUCGAAUCUUUCCAGUCAAUUUAUCCAAUUCCGCAUAUUCAGUCAGUUUCAUUCUCCAUUCUUCCACAGUUGGAAUUUCUUCCUGCUUCCAUCUUUGCGCCAGAAGUAUUCUUGCAGCUGUUACAGCGUAUUGGAAAAGUUUACAAUCUUUUCUAUUAAUUUCAUUACCUACCAAUCCUAGUAAGAAGGCUUCUGGUUUUCUAACAAAUGUAUAUCUCAACAUCUUUUUCAAUUCCUUAUAUAUCAUUUCCCAGAAGCCUUUCACCUUUUUGCAUUCCCACCACAUAUGAUAGAAAGUUCCUUCUUUUUCUUUACAUUUCCAACACUUAUUACAUGUUUUAUACAUUUUAGCUAAUUUAACUGGCAUUAUGUACCAUCUAUAUACCAUUUUCAUUACAUUUUCCUUCAACGCGGUACACACCGUAAAUUUUAACCUUUCAUUCCAUAAUUUCGUCCAAUCGUCAUAUUGUACAUUAUAACCAAAGUCUCUGGCCCAAUGUAUCAUUACUGAUUUCACCUCUUCAUCUUUUGUAUGCCAUUCCAACAACAUUCUAUACAUUUUAGACAAAUUUUUAUACUCAUUAUUCAAUACCUUUAUUUGAAAUUUUGAUUCUUUUCCUUCAUAUCCACACAUUUUACAGUCUUUUUUAAACAUUUCACUAAUCUGGUAGUAGUGCAACCAAUCAUAAACAAAUUCUUUCACCUCUUCAUAAGUCUUCAUUUUCCAUUCCCCCCCCUCUCUUACUAUCAAUUCUCCAUAAGUUAUCCACCUCCCCCUCAUGUUUAUCUUUUUCACACUCAGCACUUCCAAUGGUGAAAGCCAAUGGGGGAGUCUUGGUUCCAACAAAUUUUUGUACCUCUCCCACACCUCUAUCAAUGAUCUUUGGAAGAUGUGGUUUUCAAAGCCUUUAUGAAUUUUUUUCUUUUCAUACCACAGAUAUGCAUGCCACCCGAAUCUAUUAUCAAAUCCUUCUAAAUCUAACAACUCUCCAUUCACUAAUUUAAUCCAUUCCUUUAACCAACAGAGGCAUGAUGCUUCAUAAUAUAGUUUCAAGUCUGGCAGGGCGAAGCCACCUCUUUCUCUCGCAUCUGUUAAUAACUUAAACUGAAUCCUUGGCUUCUUGCCCUGCCAGAUGUAUCUUGAAACUAUUUUUUUGCCAUUCUUUGAAAAUUGAUGCCCCUUUAAUUAUCGGUAGUGAUUGGAAUAGAAAUAACAUCCUUGGCAGCACACUCAUCUUUAUCGUAGAUAUCCUUCCCCAAAAAGAUAGCUUCAAUCUUCCCCACACCUCCAGAUCCCUUUUUAUCCCAUUCCAAACAGGUACACAGUUAUUUUGAAACAAAUCGAUAUUCUUGGGGGUUAACCAUACUCCUAAAUAUUUCACUUUGUUCACCACUUCCAGCCCUGUACUUUGUUGCAUUUCCUCUAUUAAUUCUUGGUCCAUAUUUUUCACAAUAAUUUUAGUCUUUCUUUUGUUUAAAUAAAAACCUGCAACUUGACCAAAUUGUUCUAUUUCUUCUAGGAUUCUUUUAACACUUCCCGCUGGCUCUUCUACCAUCAUUACAAGACCGUCCGCAAAUGCUUUGACUUUAUACUCAUUUUUCCCUACAGACACCCCUUUUAUUUCUUCAUUUUUUCUUAUUGAUUUUAGCAAAACCUCCAGCACCAAGAUGAAUAAUAAUGGUGAUAAUGGGCAUCCUUGUCUUGUACCCUUUGUUAUUUUAAUAUCUUCCGUUGUAUAAUUGUUUACUAUCAACUUCGCUUUUUGCUCUGUAUAUAUUGCCUUUAUUCCAUUAAAAAAUUCCGUACCUACGUCCAUAUGUUCCAAUUUUUUUAACAUAAAGUUCCAUGAUAUAUCGUCAAAGGCCUUUUCCGCAUCCACAAAGAUUAACAUAGCUUGUUUCUCAUUUCUGGCAUUCAGAUAUUCUAUUAUAUUUAUUAUAUUUCUUAUAUUAUCUUUCAUCUGUCUGCCAGGAAGGAAACCCGCCUGAUCCUUAUGUAUAAGAUCUUGCAGUACUUUUUUCAUUCUCUUUGCCAGCAUACUUGCAAAGAUUUUAUAAUCAGUGUUCAACAGCGAAAUAGGCCUAUAAUUUUUAACUUGCAUUAAGUCCAAUUCUUGUUUUGGGAUAAGUGUAAUAAAGGCUUCUUUCCAAGUUUCUGGUAUUUCCCUAUUCUUCAAGAUAUUGUUUACAACUUCUUUCAGUGGUACAAGUAGGGUGCUUCUCAUUUCCUUAUAAUAUCUAGCUGUGAAUCCAUCUGGUCCUGGGGCUUUCCCCUUUUUCAAUUCGCUUAUCGCCUCUUUAAUUUCUUCAAUUUCAAUUGGGGCAUUCAAGUUAUCUUUUUUCUCAGUCGGGAUCUUCUGCACUUCUUUUUCCUUUAAGAAUCUUUCUAUCUUCCUCAUAUUAUUCUUUUCUUUGUUUUUGUACAGUUGUCUAUAAAAGUCCAGGAAUCCUUUUCUAAUUACUUUCGGGUCUUCUAUUUCCGUACCUUCAAUGAUGAUUUUGUUUACUGCUCUUUUCUAUUCUUUAUCUGCCACGCCAGCCAUUUUCCUGAUUUAUUCGCAAAUUCAAAAUUUCUUUGUUUCAUUCUUUUUAUAUUCCCUUCUACUUCCUUAUUUAUUAUCUAUGCAAACUGUUUGUAGAGUCUUUAUGUUUUGUCUUAUCUUUUCGUUAUUUGCUUUUUUAUCAAUUUUUGUUCAUUCUCCAUUAUUUGUCUCAAUGAUUCCUUUUUAUUCUUUUCCCUAUUUUUAUUUUUCAGGGCAUUUUGUUGAAGGAAAAAGCCCCUCAUCACAGCUUUGCUGGCGUCCCAAACCGGAGUCAUUUUUGUUCCCUUAUUACAGUUAUUUACAAAAUAUUCCGACAGGUUCUUUUGAGCAUUUUCUACUACUUUCUGAUCAUCUAGAAGAUAGUCGUUUAUUCUCCAUCUAAACAUUCUUUCUUCAAAAUCUUUUAGUUCAAAUUUGAUUGCACUAUGGUCCGAAAUCACUCUUGGUUGAAUUUCAAUUUUCGAGAUUCUUGGGGUUAAUUCAUUUGAGACCCACACCUGGUCUAUUCUUGACAUGGAUUGGUUUGGUUCUGAAUAAAACGUGAAUUGUUUCUCCAGUGGGUGUCUAAGUCUCCAAAUGUCAAUCAAAUUACAAUUCUUAGUCAUUGAGAAAAAGUCUUAGGUAAUUUCCCAUCUUUGCUCACCCCUGUUGUUCUCAGUCUGUCCAUUUCCAUUGACACCACUCCAUUCAGGUCUCCCAUUAUUAUAAGUUUCUGAUCCAUAUAUUCGAACAAUCUUUCUUCUAAAUUUUUAAAAAUUCUGUCUUGUUUCCAUUUGGUGCAUAGAUCCCGACAAUUAUUAUUUUUUCUCCUUGCCACUUAAUUUGAACUGCCAUCUGGGGUGCCAUCCAGGCUGGCAAGAAGCCCACGGGCAAUUGCUUCAAUUGCAAACGCCCAGGUCAUUUUGCUAAACAAUGCAGAGCCCCUGGCGGGGGAGCAAGCAGGAAUGGUGAUGCCAAUAAGGCUAAACCUUCCAAAAAAUUCCCAAAAUGCGAAAAAGGCUAUCAUUGGGCAAAUCAGUGCAGGAAUUCGGGAAACUCCAUGGGGGCCCAGCUCUCGGGCCAGGACAAAUAGAGAGCCCUCCGCUCUCUAUAUAAAUGAUUAUAUAGUUUCCUUCAAUGUUCACCCUGUUCUCUCUAUUUUUCUGGAGUAUCAAAUUUCUCAUCUCUCUGUCCUUAAAGGUAAUCAGUCAAUCCCCCGGAAAUUUUCUUGCCUUAGCCAAUCUUAUCUUCAUUCGAAAAGUACUUUGCACCGAUCUUGCCACCUCAUCUACAUUCAUCUCCAUCCAUUGUGCAAUCUCUUUUAUUAACUUCUCUUUAAUAUUUUCUUCUUGCACCUCUGGAACCAUCCUCAAUCUUAAGUUCACUUCUCUCUGCCUGAGUUCAUUCAUAGAAAUCGCAUCCCAGACUUCCUCUUGUGUUUUAUUAAUUUCCGACAUUCCCGUCCUUAUUUUUUCUUCCUCCUUCUUCACUUCCCUCAUUUCCAAUCUUGUCUUUUUCAACCCCUCUUCCAAAUUCUGUGUCCGCUUACUCACAUCCUUCAAUUGCCCUUUCAGUUCAUUAACUGUAACACCAUUUUUUUUUGUCCAUUUGGCCCAUUCUCUUAUCCAACUUCUGACUACUUGUUAUGGCAGGCACAGCUUAUUAACUCCUCGGAACCCACAAAAGAGGUUGGGAUGAUUCUUAAAUUUAGGGGAUGGAUGAAGGGCAGUAGCCCUGAGAAUAACUAGAAGUAGAAAAUUCAGUCAGAGGUUCCUAUUGUUAUCUGAAUUUCAAAGAAAGCCAUAAAAUUGAAAAGUGAUCAUACUGGAUUCUAGACCUUUCAUGAGAAAUCCUAAUAGUACCAAAGUCACCAGUAGCAUGAGACCUGUGAUGCACCUAUGAUUAGAGCAGAAUGGUAACAUGUGUUGCUCAUUAUAAAAAACCACUAAUUCCCCAAAUCUAAGCAUGAAAAUGCUAUUACAUGUAUGAAAGCAUGUUUAAGGCUGGUAUAUGCAGUUCCUAAAUACCUAGUUUUAGGACGUAAUCCAAUUGUAAUAAAUGAAUGAGUGCCAUAUGAAUUGUGAACAGUUUGAUCAGCACAAAGCACAAUUUUUACACAGCUUUGGGGGUUCUUAUGCAUCAGAUAAAAACUCUUCUCCAUUGAACUGAAGAAAACCUUCUCAAAACCUGAGAUCUACACAAGUGUUCUAUACAAAUCAGGUACAUUUCAGAUUUCCUAUUAUGUGCUGCAGUUGUAUUUGUGACUGCGUAAGUAGUGCAAGCACUAAAAAUUGAAGGUGGGGGGAGGAAUCUACCUAAAUAACAUGUCUUAUGCUAACAACAAACUUUGGUGUGUGUCAGAAUUUAAGAUAGUUACUUAGGCUUUCUGCUGCUUCUGUUGCAUUAAAAUUUGCGGACCAGACAAUCUAGUUUAUGAAGUGCCUUGGCUAAAGUAAGCUGGCAGAAUAAUGUAGAGAAUCUCCCUGCUUCUAUUGUGCAGCACCAGCUCUGAGAAUAAAAAUACAUUCUCUGCCUCCAUGAUUGUCAGUCUGCCACCUUUCACAAGCACUGAAUUCUUUUGUCAAUAAAGAAAAAGAAAUUGAACAUUUACAUCUGCAUGUUUCAGAAUAAGCCUUAGGGCUGAACUGAAAAUUAAUUGAAGUGUUAUCUUUUUCAUGGCAACAUCACAAAAGUUUCUUCAUACUGGGAGUAAAUAAUAUCACUGUGUCGAAGAAAAUUAAUGCCUUUGUCACCUGUGAAUAAUUUAAGUGAAGCUGGCAUAUAUCAUUACUUCACUGACUUAAAUUAUAUUCAGUUUCUUCAAAGAAAUGAGUAGUGUCCAUUGAGCUUUCUGAGGUGCAGUGUGAGUUUCACAAAUUAAUAUCAACUGUAAAAGAAAACAUUAAAUAACUAUCGCCUACCAACACAAUUGUAGCACAUGUUGCAGACACUUUAACUAUUUCUUUGUGGCUAAUAUAAGGCAGUUUCACUGACAGUGGAAUGAUUGUUCAGCUGAAGACAGAUAAAGUAUUACUGAUAAAGCAUUAGAUAUUGAAGUCAUCGGAUAACCUGCAACAUUUCUAGCUGGAGACAAAACACUAAGGAUUGUCUGUAAGGAAGAGUGAAUUGCUCUUUGAAUCAGGUCAGUUGCCAUAGCAGAAAUAGAUGCUUGUCCUUAGAGAUAAGUAGGACUCCUGAGAUGCAGUUUGCUAUCCUCUGGCCUUUAGUAUAUAGAAAUUUCACUCCAACCUCAAACCUCAACAGAAAAGCUUAUGGUAGAAAGGAGAUCUGCGGAUGCUUCCUUUAUUUUCAGGUUCCCAUAUUCUUACACUGUGCUCACAUGUGUUCCUUCUUACAUUUCUUCCCUUUUUACUUUUAUGCCAUUAUUUCCAAUUAUUAUUUAGGGAAUUUAAAUCCUGCACUUUCUUCUGAAAGAGCCAAGGGUUGCAUUCCCCAGCUCUUCCAAGUUUGCAAGGAUGGUACUUUCAAGGCCAAUAAAUAAGUUACAAACAAGUACUUUGACUGCCACUUGAAACAGCAAGUUGAAAUUCCUAUUCACAAGAAAACUGUCCCUUGCAAUCUCUAAACAUAAAGUAUAAGAAGAAUUGCUUGGAUGUUUUUACCUCUUUAACAAAGUACUGACUUCCCUAGAACAAAAUCAGAAGUGGAUACCACAUAAGCAGACUGGUAGAGUCAACAGGCAGCUCUAGCUUGUUCUAGUAUAUCCUGGAACAUAUCCUAAGAAAAACAGACAGCAGAGUCAGAUACUCUGGAUAGGGAUUUAAUUCAGCCUGCACCUAGCCUGUUGUGGGAAGUGAAUUACCAAAAUGGGUAUUGUGAUAGAUGGCAUUAUGCGACACCGCUCAGAUAUUCAGUUAUCAUGUUAAUUUCUAACAUUUUCAUUUGUCUACACAUUAUCUUGCCCAGAUCUGGAAAUUUCUGUUCUUGGGCAGGCUUUGGUGCUGCUUCCGGUCCCUUACUGUUACAGCUCCCAAGUUGCUAGUCCCUUAGAUUCUGCUCAGAGGUUACAAAGCCAAGUGUGCAUAGCCUUGGGGCUCAGGGAACCUGCCCAUUCACUCUCCAUACAAUCAGGAUAUGUGGGGGGAAAUCAGCUAGAUAGAAAAGCAGAAGACCGUGUGUUAAGAUCCUAGUAGCUAAUGAGUUUUGGACAAAAAUUGAAGAGACCUGAGAUCAAAGGUCUAGUGAUCAUGAAGCUUACGGACAGACCAUUGAGAAUCCACUUUCAGUCUAGCCUGCCCCACAGAGAUUUUGUGAUGCUGCAAUUGGCAUAGGGAACACUGCCCUUCCCUCCUGAGCUUCUUGAAGAAAUGGUGGUGUAAAAGUAUAAUAAAACAAAUAAAUGUAGGGUAAUUUUUUUAGAUGAUCUUCUUGACAUAUUAAUACCUAGAUUGGCUGCUGCUCCAAGCAGUUUGAAAAGUCAUAAAAAAUAAAUAAAACAUACACAGAAAAAGCUAAUAAUCAUACACUUUCUAAAUGCACAUGCUUGUUGAUCCCUUUUCCAAUUGGUUUGGGGUUUUUUUUGGUGGGGAGGAGGGAGGUGUGCCUGUUUAUGUUUUCCUUUCCUCUGUAAUUUGCUUUCAGUAAAUGAAAAUGUUAUUAGACAUGAAUUAUGUAUUUAGCAAAUGCAAUGCUGAGUUGUGACUGGUCCAACGUGAUGAGGGAACAAUCACAUUUUCCACACCGCUAUCCCAGCUGCACAACUGUCACUUUCUAUUACUCCUGCCCUGAACAAUUGAAUGUGGCUUAUAAUGACAAUAAUUGCUUCAAAAUUGUUUGUCAUGUUUGACUUGUUAGCAACAAUCUACCAACGUUUGGUUACAAUCAACUUCUUCGUUAUUACUGCAUAAUUACAUAAGUGAAUAUUUUAACCAAUAAUACCCCAGAAUAAAAAUUAUCUUCCCCUCUGUAAACAACACAGAAAUAUUUUUGACACUUCAGCGCAAUCACUUUCCUCUUUUUACAUUAGCCAGGCUUAAAUGAGUGUCUUUAUCCCUAUGUCCAGACCUAAUGCAAUAGCAUGUAUUACUAAAGCUAGCAAAAUGCAGCUAAAAGAAGGAUUUGUGUUCAUACUCUCAUCAAUUUCAUUCACUGCAGAUCCAGAACCAGCAGUUGGUGAGCCAAGGGCUCCAGGAGCUUGGAAGAUACCUUCACUAGUCUAACCCAUUUGUGACUGCAACCUGUUAAACACAUGCAGACACAGAGGGCUGAAGACUGGGGAGGGGAGAAAUCUAAGACAACGUAAUUACCUAAUAUUUAGAGGCCCCCUACCUUUGAAGAAAAAAUAGCAGGCAGUCACAGUGACCCACCACCACCAAGCCAAAAAUCUUGUCCUAGCUGUGCAUCAAACUUCUGUCAUGUUGCUGGGGAAUAUCCUUGGCUGCAGAGGACAUUUCCAUAAGAAAUACAGAUUGUUCUAAGCAACUGUAGCCAUAUCCCUGGAAUGUAAAGUCAUAAAAAUCCAUUCUCAAGUCACAGUUUGAGUGCAGCUCUCACCUGCUUGUCUUAUAGUUGAAGUUUAAGGAGCUGUGAACAGUUUUAGCAAUACACUUCUCCAGUUCAAAGGGAGGAAUUCAACCUUGCACUCUUCUGACCAUUCCAUCUGCAUAAGCAUUUCUACUUGCCAGACUGAAUGGCCCCGCUCUCCUACCCCUGUGCAGUUUUGAGAGUUCAUCUGGCCCACCAGAGUGGGUUUCAGGGAGGCACAGGGGCAUGCAGGGGGAGGGACCCUGUUGUGCUAGCAGAAGCCCCAAGCUGUUUAAUGCAAACAAGGAUGCUAUAGGGAAAACAAAAAGGGGAAUGUGGCACCAUCAAGCUUCAGCAGCUUUAAAAACAAAACAAUGCAAAUGGCACUGAAAUAGCACAAAUGUUAGCUAAAAAGAGUAUUUUGUGAAGAGCUUGCUGGACUCUUGAAUGCGCUACUUUUGAGGUGAACAUUGAAAUGAGAGGAUAUUCUGCACAAUGCUAGAGGAGUGUCAGGAGGUGAUAAGCUGUGAUCUCACUGACUAUCCAUGAAACAUCUAAAUGUACAUCUUGCUGCUGCAAAAUUUUCAAAGUAUAAAAAUUAUACACAAGUCAACUGUGGUGUUUUUUAUCUUGUACGGAACAGCUUGUACAAACUUCCCUAUGUUCUACAGAGGAGUUCACUCAUGGGUGCACAUGUUCCUGCAAGGACCUUUCCUGGUGCCUGGAGUCAGUGGCGGAGCUUCAUGCUCCAGCACCGAGGGGCGGAGAGCAGGCGGGGCAGCCCGCAGGUGCAUGGUGCCCAGCAUGGGCGGGGGGGGGCAGCCAUGAUGGCACCCUACCGGGAUCACACUGCCGCGGACAGUGCGCUCCCUCCGCACUCCUCUUCCUCCACCAGUGCCUGGAGUGUCCUAUCCCUUUCUCCCUUCUCCUGCUGAAAUUAAGCUUGAAAGAAGUGCUCUAUUUUAGCCAAUAGAAUAGGUUGUGAUGUGUGUUUCAUUGUGGUGUGUGUGCUCAUGAUAGUUCCUCUGGUUUGCAAAUGAGAACAACAUCAGAGGUCUCAUUCUCUAUAUGUAAUGUCCACUCACAGUCAUACCUAGGAUGAAAUCAUGUUUGCCUCCACAGAAAAGAGCAACAGAAUACUGAAAUCAAGGAUGUGAUUGACAUGGGUGCAAGAAUCUCCUUCAUGAAGAACCACACACAACAUUCAGGGACACUAGCCACCCUCUUCAGAACUGACUCAAAGUCACCUACUGAAAGUGGCUGGCAGUAGAAUCUACAAAAUGCAAUAGCAAGUAGCUUAGAUAGCUUUUAAGAAAUAGAUAACCCAUCUAUAAUCAUGACCUAUAGAUUUUUAAAAACAAUUAAAUGAUGACAUCAAAAUGGAUCUAGUAAAUAGUUCAGUGCUACAUUCCACAGAAUUUUUUGUCUUGACUAUGGAUUCUAUAAUGGGAAUGCUGAUGCAGCUUUAUCUACCACACUGGAGACAAUGCUAUAAUAGCAUUAUUAGAAACGACAGGUCAUUUUUUUAAAAAUUGAACUCUCUUGUGUUGUAUUUCCACUGUGCAAACUUGAUGGGUAUGACCCAAACUGACAGGCUGCAUGUUGACCGCUGAUCUAUGCAAUCCACAAUCAUUACAUUUCAAAUCUGUCUAAAUUGAAAGUGAGAAAAUAAGUUGACUGCACUUGUCUUGAGUAGGAAGAGGCUUCUGUAGGUUGUUUCCAUGGAGCUAUCUGCUUCUUGUUUUCAUCUCUGUAUGAAGGACGGUUACUCACCUGCCAUUUUCUACUGUAGAAACCCAGAAAAACAACAACAAAUACACACCAUUCAGAACAGAUGUGAGGCUUUUGCUUUUUGAAAGCUCCGAGGGAUAGUUGUGUUCAAUGAUAUCACAGGGAAAUAGGUAUACUUUACUUUGGUCAGAUAUAUUAAUGUUUAUAUAAAAUUAUGGAACAGGACAAUCACUUGCAAAACAACUGGGAAACAUGCCCCCUGAUCCACACACAGCACUAUGUAUGUGCUGUGCGCACCUACCAGUUCUUGCCAAUGUCAGCUUGGGCUCAUCCCAGACAGCUUGAUUUAAUUCUCCACUCCAGAAGGCUAUUAUUCCUGCCAAAGCUGAAAAAUUGAGGGUAUCGUUUCACCAAAUAUUCUCCAUUAGCCUGUGUGGGAGCAGGAAUUCUUCAAUAUUUUAAUGGGGAAGGGCAGCACAACAACAAUGGCACAGCUUCUUUCCUUUAGUAGCCUGGCCACCACUUUGCACCCCUCACAAUGCCUUGCAUUAUUAAGAGGCAUUGUGUAUUAGAGGCAGAGACUAUUCAAAUAAUAGCCCCCCCCCCAAUUGUCCUCCAUUUCAGAAAGGGGCAAAAAUAUUCUCAGAUUUUCAUUCCAGAAAAAUCUCUUUUGAGAAAUUUUGGGUCAGUUCUGAAUUCUCAUUUUUCACAUCUGUAGCUUUGGUGAUGUUCUAGAAAUUCGGUUCUUAGGAAAUGACUUUAUGAUAACUAAUGCUAGUGUAGAGCUAUUUCAGAAGAUACAUCAACAUGAGUAAUUAUUGAAAUGAUCUUUCGAUAUGAUAUUUCUGAAUGAGUUGUUCCUUUUCCUUGUAAACUUAGCAGCCUUUCCUACAUAAAAUAGUAAAAAGAUAGAAAUCAACAUUUAUAUUAAUAGCCACUAGAGGUCUGCUGAUAUCAAAAUGUAGGCAAUGUGAAUUUAUUUCUGCAAAGUGAACUCUGUCUAAAGUAUUUUAUACAUAUUUUUGUUCCCCCGCCUUUAGCAUUACUCAUAAUCAGAGGUGUUAACAAGGAUUUGUGUUUUUUUGAUAAGUUGACUAAUUUAAGGUGUAGGCUUUUAUUUCAACUUUUGCUUCUCUGUGAAUUGGAACAUAUGGGUGCUUUCCCUUUCUCACACUGAUGUUUGUGGCAAUGCUUAUAUUCCAUCACUAGGUGCCAUUAUAAUGCUAUUUGAUUUGGUUCAAAAUUUGCCUCCUCAAACACAAGCCCUGUGCAGACAUUAUGAUGAAUGUGUGUGUAGACGGGGGUGGAAGAGAUAGCACAGGCUGUUUCUGCUUCAGACAUUCACACAUACAGUUUAAUGUCUGCCUACAACCUACAUGUGUACAAGUACACAUGCAUAGGACUCUUUCCUAACACACACACCAUUCUGUGUUUUCAAAAUUCCUGAUCAUGUGGCUAUAACCCUGUUUGCAAAUAGGUGUUUGAGAGAUAAUUCUCCAGCUUGGAUUUUCAGGGUUUGUAAAGUUCAUUUCUUCUUUGAGACAGUUUUUACAUGCCCCUGAAGUUAUUAUAACAGCAUCUCUACUUUUAUGCAAGUGUUAGAAUGAACCUGUAAAGAGAUCUGACAGGUCUCUACACUAGGCACACUUCAUAGGCUAGAUACACUAGAGACACUUUGUGCUUGUGCUUUAUGUGCACAUAAAAGGUAAAGGUAAAGGACCCCUGACAGUUAAGUCCAGUCACGAACGACUCUGGGGUUGCGGCGCUCCUCUCACUUUACUGGCCAAGGGAGCCAACAUUUGUCCACAGACAGUUUUUCUGGGUCAUGUGGCGAAACCAGAGCAGCGCACAGAAACGCUGUUUACCUUCCUGCCAGAGCAGUACCUAUUUAUUUACUUGCACUUUGACAUGCUUUCGAACUCCUAGGUUGGCAGGAGCUGGGACCGAACAACAGGAGCUCACCCCGUCACAGGGAUUUGAACCGCUGACCUUCCGAUCGGCAAGCCCAAUGCUCAGUGGUUUACACCACAGCACCACCUGCGUCCCCUUAUGUGCACAUACAUGCAGCAAAAAAUUCAUGCCCAGUGUAAUUAUCUACAUUUCCUUGAUUUGUAGGUUUUGAGGCAGCCCUCCCUCCUAUAUAAUUGUGAAACACAGGGAGAGGGAGAGGGAGAGGGAGAGGGAAGGGGGGUCAGCUCUCUCAUUAGACAAAUGAGGUGACCACUACAGGUGGCAGGUGCUAAGGGGCAGGUAUGGCAGUGCUCUGACUGUUCCAUUUCCUCCUACAGUCGUACCUUAGUUGCCAAAUGCCUUGGAAGUGAGUGUUCCGGUUUUCAAACGAUUUUUUGAAACCGAACAUCUGGUGCGGCUUCUGUGGCCUCCGAUUGGCUGCAGGACGCUCCUGCAGCUAAUCAGAAGCCGUGCCUUGGUUUUCAAAUGGUUCCAGGAGUUGAACGGACUCUGGAACGCAUUCUUUUUGAGGACUGUGUAUGUUGCAUGCCUGUCCUAUUACCAGCACAAAUUGUAAUAUAUAUUUAGGACCCACUCUGUUCUUCUGAUUAUACCUGGUUUUAAAUGAUUUUAAUAUUGGAUUUUUCAUUUUUGUAGCCCAGCCUGAUAUGUUACAGUGAAGGGUCAGUAAGGAAUAUAAACAACAACAACUGUCAGCCCAGACACAUUCUGUACCUGUAAAAGGGCACCAUUGUGUCCUUAGUCUCAAAUGUCUUCCACUUGCCCCAGGGUCAACAAAUGGAGCAUAAAUACAAUGGCCUCCUGUGAACUCAAGAAGAAAGCCAAUGGUCCUGGAUUCUAGCAGGCUAGCAGGGCUCAAGGAAUACAGUAAUGCAGAAAUCUGUUGGUUUUGUUUGCACUAAAUUCCUCGAGAAACCAAGACAAAGAAACAUUAGGGCUAUAAAAGAAGUGACAACACAGUUAUCACACUUUGCUUUAAUACUGAGUAUUGGCCAUAGCCUAUUAACAUAAUUUUAUUUAAAACAUUUCUCCACGACUAUGAUAACCUAAUAACAUGUUUGCAGAACUGUGGAGUAUUCCAACUUGAUUGAGUGCCCCACAUUAUAUUGUUCCUAUUAUGUUAAAGGAUGGCAAGGUUAAGACGGUAUGAUUACUGUCCUCCAGGACGUUAAUGAAGAGAGGAAAUAUUUUCAGUCAAGCCAAUUUCAGAGAAUGAUAUAUUACCUAAAUGUAUUUUCAUGUAGAUUCUUCAGAACACCAGCUAUUACACUAUUAUAUACUUUUACUAUACUAUUAAAUAGCAAUUUUCAUGUAAAAUUUUGGACAAGUUUGAUGUAAAAUUUUGGAUAAUUGAUAGCAUAUUUUCUAUAAAUCAAAAUUGCACUGAUUUUCUCACUUUUAGUUCCGCUUGAGGUGCCAUUCAGCUUUCAUAUGACAAUUUUCUAUAUCUGAAGCAAAGGCCAGAUGGAACACUUCCACUGAUGUUACUUUAUAAAACAUAGUGAAAGUGAGCUAUAUCCAGCAGAUUAUAUCUAGCUAUGUCUUUUUCUAUUAUAUUUGUGAAAACAGCACCACACCUGACUUCUUCUAUAAUUUCAACUAUUUAUUGCUUUCAACUUACUGAUAAAAACCCAUAGCAGAAUACCUGGCUGAAGGUUCCAGCUUAAUGCAGAACUGACCCUGGCUAGUAGUCCAUCUUGGCCCAUGAUUUUUUUGCCCCGUGAGGGGAUAAUGCUACAAAAAUAAAACUGUUUCUUGCUGUUCACUCACAUGGCCUGUAGCAACCCGGGGACUCUUAGGAUUGGCUCUUAAAGAGUCUUUACACAUUUUUCUUCUAUAGAUAUUGUACUGAAGUAAAAAUUUGAAGGAGCUGAGGGCAUGCUACAACUUUAACUGUGUUGUUUGUUCAGUUGUCAGCAGAAGUGGGCAGCCAGUGUUUUUCCACAUCGUGUUGUUUUCCAGCUCCCAUCAGUCCUAGCCAACAUGGCCAAUGGUCAGGAAUGAUUUUCUUACAGUUUAAAAAAACUGCCAACUCUUUCCUUAUUCCAAUAUUACUAUUGCCUCAAAUCCUUAUUUUAAUAUACUUAUACUCAAGAACAGGUGAUUGGCAGGUGCAUUUGCUAAAUUCUGCUUAUUAUGCCCUCUAACACCACACAGAUUUUUUUUUUUACACAGCCAGGUGUUCAGAAACCUGCUGUGCUAUUCCAAGGCCUGCACUUUUCCCUCACUUAAAAUUUUCACCAUAUUUCUUCCCAUUUUCCUGUUCACUCAGUGGGAAAGUCUCUGAAGUAUUCUCAUGCUGGCUAGGCAAUUUACUGCAAAGUUUCAGAUAGGAUACAAAAUUGAAGCUCUCAGCAAAUGUUUCCUCCUGUUCCAGGUAGCUACAUUCUGAGGAUUUGCUGAGCUAGGAUUAAUAGUUGCCUCCAUCUUGCCAAUAUUCUUUCUGGGUAUUUAAUCAUUUGUGAAAACAAAAGCAACUUUUGGAUUUAUAUUAAUUAUACAGUAUCGUAUCGGGAUAAAUAAUCUAAUCCAAUGGAUAAUGUUAGUUAGGAGAUUCACUCAAGUGAUUUGAUUCACUCAAGUUAUUUCAUCUUCUCUCAAGUUGAAUAAAACCAUCUAUUUCCCCCAGCUAUCUACAGUCAAGCCUGAAAUGUCAAGCAUUAGACAAAUAGGCAAACCAAAUGCAGGCUCUGGCAUCUUUCUCAGGACUUUAAGUCUCUCUCUUUUCAGCUCUCUGUCAUAAAUUUUUCACCCCACACCAUCAAGGAAGAGUUAUUUUUGUUUGAAUUGUCUCUGGCCUUUCAAAGCUGCUUAUAAAUGCUUUUGCAUCAGAGACAGCCCUGUGGCAUGGGAUACCAGUAACAGUUUUCCAACUGCUCUGUCACAAGUUGCUGCAUAUAAACUAAUUUGCUAAUGGAGAAUGCACUUUCACUGACAGCAUUUCUGAAGUCCUUAACUGAUCCACAACACAUGGCCAGUAAACACAGCAGUAAUACAAUCUUCUGUUCAUCAGUCAUAUAUACAAACAUAUUGGCCACAGAAAACUAGCAUCACUUCCUGGCAAAUAUUUAUCAAUGGAUUCUUUGAGGGAUAACUGCAGCCUCAUUUAAAGGGGGAGAUAUGCAAAUGAAAAAUGCUACUAUUUUCUUUGCAGUUGUUUUCUGCCCAGUUUGUAAUUUAACAUUAUCUUUCUAGAACACUAAAUAAUACAUUCCACUAUGAAUUUAUUUUAGUGGACAAUAGAGAGUAAAGUUACACUCACAGCUCAAUCCUAAGCAUGUAUCCUCAAAAUACAGGCAUGGUAUUACACAGUCACCACUGUAAUUUUCAGUGGGACUUACUCACCCAUUGGUCCACUACAUGGGUAUUGGUCCAAUACAUUUUGCUGCCUGAGAUAAAUGGUAAGAUGUCCACCCCAUCCACCACCCCACUCCAGUUGCAGAGCUGGCAACAGUAGUAACAGGGUAGCAACCUUGCUGCAUCUGAAGCAGCAGGCUAGUUUAAGGGGACCAGGACAGUUUGCAAAGUCUACCCAGGUCUGUCCUCCAAGCAGAGAGGCCACAGAAAUUGCAGACAAUUUCCACCUGGCCUGGAAUGGGGCCCUGACUCACUCCAUCCACAAAAAAGGUGAGGCUGCUAAAGAGACCAGAUACCACCUUGCUGUGAGUCCUGGAGGACCUGAUCUCUGCCUUCCAUCUGAAAGACAAAUCAGAAACAGAGAAGUGAGUGAUCAAAUAUAUAGAGUACAACUUGAUUACACAGGCAACCUGAUAGGAAAAGGACUUGCUAUGAACUGAAUUGAUUUUUUAAAAAGGAUUAUUAUUUCGUUUCCUUUUUGAAAGAGGAAGGUGGAGAGCUGUAGGUCAGCUUUGUUUUGGGGUAAAUGAAGUAACAGUAACAAGAAAUGCAAAGAAGUGGAUGGAUUUCAUUAUUUUUACUUUGUUUUCCUUUGUAUUUUUAGGACAUCCAAACUAAAUAUUUAGACAGUGGAGACAGGUGGCGGGAGGGGGAGAGGGAGGAGGAAUAUUCUGUUUAAAAUGUUAGCGUUUGUCCUGAACCCAUGAAAUAUAAAUCAGUAUUUUGUUAGCCACCUUGAAUAUGGUAUUUCAGAACAGUGGGGUAAAAUACAUCAAAUAAACUAUUAAAUAGCCCUGUGUCUUUUCCUGUGCUGACAAGGGGGCUUGGCAAUCUUGAUGGGGUUUGCUAUCUGUAGCAGAAGAAUUCUUACCUGUUCCAAAAGCUUUCUACAGACCUUGUUGCACAGCAUUAUAUCAAAAUUAACUGACCUCAUGGUCAGUGAAGAUAACUGAUGCUUCAGUUUGCACAUGCUCAGCAGUUUCAUUGUUACAUAACAACAACUCUUGUUGCCAUAACAACAACCAAGCUCACAAUGUUCACCUUAUGUUGUCAAUAAGACAGGGAGCAGCUUUCCCACUUUUGACUACAAUAAAGCUCAGAAAAGUUGUUUCCAUUAAUCAUGGAUACCAGAUCAGGGAAAAUCACAAUAGGCCUUGCGCUUGUAUUAUAAAUGGAUUCCCAGUGUUUUUCUCUUUGUCUGCCUUAAGUUCCAACAAGGUUUUCAACUGAUAGCAUCAGCACAAACAUUCUGAUGCUACAAAAAACUACAUGGCACUCUUUUCCUGUUUCUCCCCCCUUCAAACUGCUGUACCGUUUAACAUACAAAAGGGGCAAGCAGGUGGUGUUUCUGCCAAACUAUAACCUAAUUAUAACCAGCAGGCCAAGAGGGAGUUCAGUAUCUGUGUUGGUUGAGGCAGGGAGAAGAAAGGAGACCCUACUGUGUGGAAAAGGACAGAGUAAACAAUAAGGAGAUAUUAAGAGACUCAAGACUGUACUGAGCCUUGAGGGAACAAGCAGAGGUCUUCAGAAAUGCUGAGUAGUUGACAGAUGACUUCUGGAAGGGCAAUGUUCGGUGGAGGUCACCCUCAGCCUUCCCUGCUGCCCCUCCUUCUGAAACGUUAUCCUAGUUGUUGGGAGGGAAGGUGUGGAGAGAUUCAGUAGUGACAGAAAAACCUUUAAGCCAGGUACAGUGGUACCUAUGGUUACAGACACUUCAGGUUACAGACGCUUCAGGUUACAGACUCCUCUAACCCAGAAAUAGUACCUCGGGUUAAGAACUUUGCUUCAGGAUGAGAACAGAAAUCACGCAACAGCGGCACGGCAGCAGCAGGAGGCCCCAUUAGCUAAAGUGAUACCUCAGGUUAAGAACAGUUUCAGGUUAAGAACGGUCCUCCAGAAUGAAUUAAGUUCUUAACCCGAAGUACCACUGUAUAUUGUUGGUGAUGUGGUCAAGGCUGCAAAAUGGAAAUCUCAGUGCCUGCUGGUUGAAUCUAUUAACCAGAAAGCCAUUCAAAACUUCACUUCCCAGGAUCACUGGCAUCAAUAAACACCCUGCAGCAGUGGCAAGGAGCACUGGCACCAGGGUGAGUCAUUGUAGUACAAGUCAGGCCCAAAUUUUGUGAGGGAUGGGUUCAAUUGUUUGCUUAUUGUUUUCUGAUGCACACAGCCCAAUUAACAUUUAACCGUUACAUACACUUCAGGUUACAUACUCCGCUAACCUAGAAAUACUGCCUCAGGUUAAUAACUUUGCUUCAGGAUGAGAACAGAAAUCGUGCUCCGGCAGCGCGGCGACAGCAGGAGGCCCCAUUAGCUAAAGUGGUGCUUCAGGUUAAGAACAGUUUCAGGUUAAGAAUGGACCUCCGGAAUGAAUUAAGUACUUAACCCGAGGUACCACUGUAUUGGGACAUUCCUUAAUGGCACCCUAAAUUGGUCACCUGAGAUGGCCUCUUCAGUCUACUCUACGGAAGGCUCUGACCUGUGCUCAGUAAUAUUCCUUGUAUUGCAUUCUCGAACACCAAGACGGGAAAAAUCUGGAACUUUACAUCAGAGCUUCCAGUUAGAAGCCUAUGUGUAAAAUAGUGCCUUGUGAGGGGAAUCUAUUUAGCAAAUAAAUUCCUCUAUGCUUUUGAAUUCUGGUUCAUUGGUUCUAAUUGCAGAAUCAUAUGUUGGUUGAAGUUUUGGCCUAUUUCCAAUACUACAGAGCACAAGGGUAGAAAAAAAAUGCUUUAAAAAAUUCCUUAUGCUAAUUAAAUAAAAAAAAACAAAUGCAGGUGCUAUAGCUGUUUUGUGAAUUAUACUAAUCUCUUUGAGACAAACUCUGGGAAUACAAUCAAAGCCAUUUUUUUUUUUAAUGUUGUGUAUACGCCUAGUGUGCAGACAUGUCAAUUCUCAAAUUAAGGCAAAUCUAAGAGUUUGGCAUAAUUUUACUGAUGAUCUAUCAAGGCUCUGAGAGGACAAGCUAAGGAGUGCAUCCCAAGACAGAGGGAUAUUUCCGUGUGUGUGUGUGUGUGUGUGUGUGUGUGUGUGCAUGCGCGCGUGUGUGUGUUUUACACUAGGCCAUAUAUCUGGCAGGCUCCCUGGCAAGUCAAUUAUUCAUUCAUUCAAGAUUCUGCCUUCCUCCAUUCUGGAGUUUAGGAUGGUGAACAAGCAAUAGAUAAGUGUUCAUUUGUUGUUGGUGGUGGUGGCACCUGCUGUGACGACAAAGACCAAUACCUCAUAACUGCUGCCUCCCACAUUGUUUUUGCUACACUAGCAGCACCAAGGUGACUUCCCCGGGGUGCAAGCCUGGGUGGUGUGUAUGGAGGUCCUGGGUUGCCCAGAUGACAAGACCACACUCUCAGCCUUGAUGUGGUCCAAAGGAAAGUAGAGCAAUACCAUUUGGCACCAGCUGGGCUGCAGGAGUUGCUGGAAGGAGGCAUACAAGACACCAAACAACCAUCUCAGGUACUCCACUCUGGAUUUGUGCAGGGUACAGAUUUUUCCUUGGGGUUAAUUCCGGAAGCCUUUCUCAUGAAUGAGUAUAGCCACAAGGCAGUGAAGGUUUAGGAUCAGAGUGUUCCUUCUCCCAAAUGGGCUACCUUCCCAGGUUGACUAGCCCCAUCUGUCCCUCAUUUCCCUCAACAGCACAUGCAGUAACCACCUUCUUGACCCUUGGACACACUAUUGGUCUCGGCCACUCAAUCUGCCAGACCCUGUUUACACAUGCAGGGAAAGUCCCUAACUCACUGGGGGUUUGAGACCCAUCGGCUACUCUUACCUGAUUUAGCCAACCAGUCAAAUACAUUUCCCAGAGUGUGACCACUGUUGCACGCUGACAGCUUCUAGGAGCCACAGGUGAGAGCUAAGUGCAAAGUGGGAACCAAAGGUGGACAAACUACCCCAGAAGGAGAUGAUGUGUCCCGCACCUGAAGUACUACCCCUCCUCCAACACUCCAUACACCCCUAAGUAUUCAUACAAAAUAACAAAACAUUUAAGGUAAAAAGUCACAAAAUAACAAAACAUUUAAGGUAUAAAGUUCAGCAACAAGUACAAGUCACAGAGGGACCUGAAUCAAAUACAAUGUUUGAUUUUUGGAACCCCACAUUGCUGGGAGCUUAUUUUUAUUAAUAAGAAACACAAACUGUUUCAGUGCUAAACUAUGGCGGUCCACACACACUUGCUGUUUUAUUUCCAUUAUGAUCACAGUAGCACGUGCAACACACAUUAGAAGGCAAGAAAACUUAGUGGCAAUUUCAACAUUUAGUAUUAAAUGAGGAGAUAGCUAGGUGCUAGAGGGAUCGUGCAUGAUUUACACAUCUGUUUCCUGAUUUCAUGCAAAGCAGGAUCAUGCAGAAUCUCUUUCAUAGACAGAACAUGCUAUCUUGUCAAGGUGGAUAUAAACAUGUUUCCUUCCAUCACUGGCACAAAUCCCAGAAGCAAUCUUAGAGGAAGCAUCAUGCUUCAUUAAUUACUGCUUUCAGUGAAUGCCCAAAGCCACCCAGAAAGGCAACAAACUCUAUGGUCACCCAUACUUUAGAUGGCUAAAGGCUAUUCAAGUCAAAUGAAGAUGAAAAUUCUGUGGAAUGUGCUCUGGGAGACAGGAGCACCAGAAAGCAGCUAAGCUGCUUUGAAUAUUAAACCAGUGAAUGUAGUAAAAUAGUCUAAAAGGCUCUUUUUAUUUGAAAAAUAUAUAUACAGAACCAGUUUGUUUCUCUGGAGGUUAAGUGUCUGUUACACAUACAAUAUGUGAAUGACUGGAUUUCUUUUACCCUUGCUGUUGGAAGGCUCUCUUAACCUUUUUUGGUUUGGCUUAUAGUAGCUCAUGUAAAAAAUGAGGCAUUUGUAGGCAUUUGCUGGCCCUGCCUUGAAAAAUUUAGUUGCUCAAAUGUUGCAGUUAUAGCUGUUAUAUUAAGGUCUUGGUAAGAGGCAAACUCAAAAAGGAAGAUUAUGGAGGAGGCAGAUGCUGAAGGACUGGGCUUGGCAUGUGUCUUUAUUUUUCUUUCACACAGAGAGUCCUUAAUUUGGGGAUAAGAUGUAGAACUGUAUAAUGGUUUAUAAAGUGGCCACAUCUUACUCAGUAUAUAACACACUGAAAAACAACAAUUUUCACUGAAGUACUCUCUAAUAACUCAGCCAUAGUCUUAACUAGUUAAUCUCCAAAUGACAAAAUUCAUAGAUAAUUAGCAUCCCAAGCUGUCAGUAAACAUGGGAGAAUUAAAUCCUAGAGGAAGGAGCCCAUAGCCCUGGAGGAAGGCUGAGUGCAUGUCUCCCUGUCAUCUUUUCAGCUCAUCCCAGUAGUCCCACUGCUAGAAUGUGUUGUCAUAGCAACACCAUCUCUUGCUUCAUGCAGGAUAGAUUAGCUCUUACUGUGCAGUGGAGAGAAUGUAGGGGAAGUCAAGCUAAUCCCUGGGUGCACUGCAAGAAAAAGGUUGGACCUCGCCCGAGGGAUGCUGUAUCUGCAAUGAUAGAAUUGGCCUGCCACAGACUUUGGUAUUUAAGUUGAAGAGCAGAAUUCACAGUAAGUGUCAGCUCCUCCUGAGUGGAAUAUUGAAUCAAGGUUUUCUAAGUCUUGUUGAAGAAUGUCCCAUGACCAUGCUCAAACAAAAUGACACCAGGCACCUGCAUCUGAAAUACGAAUAUAUCCACUAGUUAAAGUGGCAUUUUCAAUAGCGAUGUAAAGCUUUAUUUUAUCAACAAGCAAAGGGAAAGCAUAAGGUGUAUACCUGAAAACCUUAGCAAUGCUUAGUAGCUGCAGCGAGCAUGUUUUACAAACUGGAGUGAGCAUUCAACACACUGAAUGCUUCAAUAUAUCUCUUGAACACUUGGAAAUUCCUGAAGUUCAUGAAGGCUGAGAAGAAAGUGAGAAUGCGUGUGAAAAGCUAUUUGUGUGUACUGAAGCAAUUCCCACUUCUCAAAGUGCUGAACAUUUCAUUUUGAACAUGCAAGUUUAUACAUUAUUUUAGCAUUGAUUUAUUAUCUUCCUUGCCAUUUUUAAAUGAAAAAGGGAGAAAAAAGUACCAUAAGAUUAAGACAGUGUGACUUAUGUUAUGUUUUUGUGACAUAACGUAAACAUUACUGCACCUCUCCAUUAUAUUAGUGGUAGGAUAAAAAGCAAAUAUUUUAAUAGUUCAUUAAAAAAAAAUAAUGAUUGGUUGGUUGGUUGGAUUUCUUAUCCACCCUUCACCAUAAGGUCCCAGGGCAGGUUACAGAACCUUCAUUUUAGUUUAAAAAACCAAAUAAAGCCACUAGUCCCCACAUUAACAAUUUCAUGGUAUGUCAUUUUAAAAAUAUAUUCAGCUCAGUCUAGGCUAAAGAGGUGCCUUAUGUUUAUCUGGUUUUUGUUGCUAUUCCCAGAAACAGUUUUAGUAUUUUGGCAUUCUGCCAUAAACCUUAUAGCAAGCUCUGAAAUCAAUACCCCCCCCCCUUAUUUUUCUAAAAAAGAUGGGUGUAAACCACUAAGCAUUAUCCAAGGUUUUGGCACAAACUGCCUUGGAAAAAAGAAAUGUUUUGUGGAUUAUCAUGGGGUGUGUGUAUUUUGAAUUGAAAUAUUUAUGAGCAAUACGAGAGACAUGAAGGAUUUAAAAUACAACAUCUGGAUCAUGAGCUGAUUUUUGUUUGUAGUGAAAAACACUAAUUAUAUUGUUGCAAUGUACAUUAUAUGGAAUUUAAAUUCUGCUAUAAUAGUAAAUGAAGAUUUAGGCAAGAUUGCAUGUUUCUUUUUACAUGCAUUAUGAAUAAUUUACAAUAUUUAUUAGAUUCCUUCUAUUAAAGGCUAAUAUUGGCAGUGUUAAUUAGAAUGCCAGUUUAAAUUUCUAAAACAUAUUUUGAAGCAGUAAACACAUCCCAUUUCCAUGCAAACAAAUUGCACGUGUUCUGGUGAUACGUUGUCAAGAUGCAGUUUGACCCUUGCAGAGAAAGGAUCCAAUGGUGAAUGUUUAAAAGCUUAAGAACUCUUUCAAAGGAAAUUAGGCACUGCCAUCAAUAUGUUCCAAUAGAUGUUCUUUUUUCUGCCUUAUGUAAUUCACAGAACACAAAUGACAUGGAUAAACAUAGGAGGAAGCAUUUUCCCCCUUCCACCAGCAGUCACAUGCCCAUUCAAUAGUUGUUUUUGAAUAAAUGACCUUGUCAAGGCUAGUAUUCUAUUAAAUGGAAUGUUCUUUCAUCAAGGUGGAAAGAAUCUAGAAUAGCGGCUUAUAAUGGGGGAAAAAGUGAAUUUAAUAAUUUGCCUGCAAUGAACACAUAUUCCUUGUGUAAAGCAAAUACUUGUGACUAUCUGCUGGUUCUUUUAAUUGAAGGCAAAGUGAUUUCGAGAGCUGGCAUUUGCUAUGUCAGUUCCAGGUUCUGGAAGGUUCCAUGAGACCCUCAGCGUACUUUUGCCAAGAGGCAGGGCUGGCUGACUCAUCAGGCAAGGUGAGGCAACCUCCAGUGGGAUCCACGGGGACAGCAGAUCCAGCCCCCAAGAAAUGCUACUGCAGCUGUGGUGCAUACCCUCCAACAUUUCUCUGAUGAAUAUAGGGACGUCACAUUCCUUAAUGAUAAUUUUACUAUUUAUACCCUACACAUCUUAUUGGGUUGCCCCAGCACUCUGGGCAGCUUCCAACAUAUAUAAAAACAUAAUAAAACAUUAAUUUUUUUUAAAAAAAACUUCCCUAUACAGUGCUACCUUGGGUUAAGUACUUAAUUCGUUCUGGAGGUCCGUUCUUAACCUGAAACUGUUCUUACCUCGGGUUAAGAACUCUGCUUCAGGAUGAGAACAGAAAUCGUGCUCCGGUAGCGCAGCAGCAGCAGGAGGCCCCAUUAGCUAAAGUGGUGCUUCAGGUUAAGAACAGUUUCAGGUUAAGAAGGGACCUCCGGAACGAAUUAAGUUCUUAACCUGAGGUACCGCUGUACAGCAAUUGGUCAGAACAUAGCCAAAACACUUGCAUGCACUUAUCUUCCUUCUCCUCAAUCCUCAAAUGUGCCCAUUGUUCACAUUGCCACCACAGACAAACUUUUGUGUUAUUGAGAGCUAAAGUGUUUGGUUCAAUAUUUUGUAACUUGGCCAAACACAUCUACCUUUUAUUUGGUAUUCUUAUUCAGAUUUCUUUUUUAAAGUCACUAUUAAGAUUCUACUCUACAUGAGCAAGAAAUUUGUUAACCAUAUUAAAGUAUCAUUUAUGUUGUCACAUAUUACACAACAGCAUACUUAACAGUUGCAGCUCAGGUACAUUAACAGGCAAAACUUACUUGAAGUAAAUAGUGAAUUGUGCUUUCAAUCCAAACUGUCAUGUGAAAUAUACAUUCACAUUUGUCAGAUAAAAUAGAUUGUAACGUGCAGCUACAGGUUCUACGACUAUUUUUGAAUUGAGGCCAAUGAAUGGUAAAUAUGCAUUGUUUGAAUGGAAUGAAUGGAAUGAACAAGAGCUGUUUCAGCAAAUUGGGGGACAGGGAUAGGUGGAACUGUGAAUUUCUAGAAUGUGAGUAUGAGAUAGGGGUAGGGAUUGGUUUACCUUGUGAUUGAGGGUUUCUUUCCCCAUUUCCCCCCCUUUGGCAGUCCCCCCAUCCCCAAUUAAAACAAACCCUCCUUCCAACCUCUUACUAGCUCAUAUUCUCUGAGAACUAGGCUGGAGAGAUAUCCUUGUCACCUGCUGCAACUAUGAGUUUUUUGGGGAGGGGAAACUAACACAAAAAGAUGGGGAAAAGACCAAUCAGCCUCUCCAUAAAACUGUAGGGUAAGUCAGCCUCGUCUAAAAUUUCUUAGAAAUUCAUGCACUGCACAUAAAAGCUACAGAAACCACUCUUCCAUGAGCAGGCAAAGGUAUUUUGCAAACUGGGGGAGGGGGAGAAAGCACAGCUUUAGAAUGUCUCAUAAGAACAAAGCAAAAGCCAGACUAUGUCAUAUGUUCUUAAUUGGGGAUUCAUUUUUAUUCUUAUUACGUAAUUCUGUAUACUAAAAUUAGUACAGGAAGCAAAGUUAGCUCAGCAAAAGUACGGUUCUGAUUUGAAUAAUUGCUUGAUUUCAGAAUCUUAACAAGAGCCUCCUUUUUCAAAUUAAAACCAAUAAAAUGAGAGAACCUAAAAUCAAGUGGUGUGAAUUCUGUGCAUGUGCCGUCUUUUCUCACUCAUUCUUUCUCUGUUGCUACUCUGUUCCACAUUAUCCUGGUUGCUUAGGACUUUGGAGAACUUUUUUAAUUCAUUUGUAUAAUCCACCCAGAUUUCACGUGCAUGUUUUCUAUAUGAAGGUUAUAAUUAGUGUAAUGUUAACAUAAUCCAGGCUAUAUAGGACGUUUUAUACCUGAAUGUUAGGAACCAGCAUAUCCCCAAUAACUGCUAUCUGCUGGUGUCCCUAUAGAAACAGCCUUAAAUGUUUCUAUAUUGUGUAGUUAGAAACUGAGUCAUGAUUUUUAGUUUUAGGAUUUUUUUAAUGUUGCUGUUAGGGUAAAGGGAGUCGGAGACUCUUAAUCUCAGAGUUGUGGGUUUGAGCCCCACGCUGGGCAAAUGAUUCUUGCAUUGCAGGGGGUUGGACUAGAUCCCUUCCAAUUCUGUGAUAGAACCUUGUCAAAACAAUCCCAAUGCAUUUUCAUCACUAUUCUUUUAAAAGCAACAAAGUGUUCCUAAUUUUAUGUCGGGACAGUUCGUAAACUACUUUUGCUUUUUGGUCAAUAACCAAACAAUUAAUAACAUAAAUACUAUUGAUAUUACAAAGCAAUGUGAAAAAUAUUGGAAGGCUAACAAUGGCCGGUAUAUUGACUUUACAUUUUAUUUCAGCAGCACAAACAAUUCAUUAAUUGUUAGGAAAACCAUAUUAAACAUUGAUAGAACUCAGAAUUCCCUGUUAAGCUCACAAUAAUCCUCAUAGCCCCAGAACUAAAGGUUUGGAUCCAAUCUUAUCACUGGACCAUUCUAUUUUCUGUGACAUAGUAAUUCACUUCCUCCACUACUCCCCCUUUCAUUUUCUUACUGGCUCAUCACUGGGCUUACCAACGCAGAAUUCCUUUCUUACUCUCUCUUACCUCUCUGGCUUCCCUUGCAAAUCCCCCCCUUUCUGUACUAUUUUCUCACCCUCUCCCUCACUUGUAAAUCCCUGUUCUGUCCUUCAGUCUAUUUCCAUGUCUGACCCUCUAGCAUCCCCCUUUUAUGCAGCUGCUAUGAUUAUUGCUGUAACCAUCCUAAUGCUGUCCUGACACUUCUGGUCUGGCUGGGGUUUUUUAUUUGAUUGACCUGGGAAAGGAUUGACAUGAGAGGCAGAAGUAACCUGCACUUUCUUUUCAUACCAUGUUUAUUUACAGCAAUGUCUUCAGAACAAAAAAAAUGUUUAAAGGACACAAUUUUGUUUAAGAUAAUAUAGUUUUCCAUUUCAACCAAACAGGGAAACUAUAGUGGAAAACUUUGUGACAAGCCUGGGCAUUAAGUCAUGAUUUGCUGUUGGUUUAAAUACUGUAGUCUGCUUUGCUCCAAAGCUGUUAACCCUGGGUUCCCCAGUAUGGAUGAAACAGGAGACUAUAGUUAAUGGAAGACUUCCUGGUUUAUUCCUGCCAUGAAGGGAGGAGCCAAGAGGCUUUGUGUGUGGCCAAAAGGCUCAUCCAUGCUUUGGCCUAUUAAGCUGAGCUACGAUCAUCCAAACUUUCCCAGUAGGAUGAAUAUAAUAGUUCCUUCCUUCCAACUGAUGGAAUGAGCAUUAUCCUCUAAUAGAAGCAGUCUUUCUAUUGGAGGAAGUCUCCUUCCAUCAGAGGAAGGGAACUUUCUAUUCCAAUACUGUAUAUUUUGCUGGUUUAAAGAACUAUAAUUCAUAAUAAUUGGGAUAUGUAAAGAUUCCCCCCCCCCCCAUAUAACUUAAGCAAGUGAGUCAUGAUGUCACGUAUAAAGUGGAAAGAUAAGCCCUUCCUUUUCCACCUGCCUAGGUCAUUAAAGAAUCUGCUCUGGCUGAAAUUUUCUUAACUGUUCUGUGAUUGUUAAUAGUGACUAGUAAUCACACAAAUAUUUUCAGCUGAACUGUUGGAAAUGUUGUGUGAGUGGCAGCAGGUUGUAGGUUUUUUUUGUAAUUUUUUGUUGUUUGGUUAUAAAGAUAAUGUUGAUGACAUGCCAUUGAAAAACUGUAAAUCCAUGUGUUUCAUAGAUGAUUCAGCUGCAGAGAGUUUUAACGGCAAUGAGACUGCAGGACACAGUUCCAAUGCUUCAGGGGGAACACACUGCAGGGAAGUGGCAGAAGCCAACAGUAAUGGCAAAGCACCUCUGGAACCGGAUGAACAGCCGCUGAAUCUGAGUGACAGUCCCUUCUCUGCUCAGCUCACGUCAGAAUACAGGUUAGAUGACCAAAGCAGUGAUGGAAAGAACAAGUACAAGAACAUCCUAGUAUCUGAUCUUAAGAUGGAGCAAGAGGCAAAAGAAAAUGGAAGCAAGGUAAGAUGCUUCCAUGCUCACAAGAUAUUACAAAAGCAUAGAUUAGGAAGAAGAAAAGUCUACUGUAACAGUUCAAGGGCUUUGCAAAUUAGGAAAUUGGAAAAGUUGUUGACACCUAGUUGUUUCUGCUAUUUUGUGCUCACACUGUCUAUUUCUCACGUGCAUAUUAGUAUACUAACAAAUACCAAUAUUUGAUCAACCAGAAAUACAUUCUGCAAGUUUUUCAUUUCUGAUUAGAAAUACAGUAUUUUGAGAAGACCUGUGGAAUCUUCCUGUUGAAUGAAUCACACACGUAGUCCAUGAUCAGUAUGUAUUAGAAUCCUUAUUGUGUCAACAGAGUUGGAACUAAAGCUUUCAUUGCCAUCUAUAAACAUGUACAAACAUGUCUGAAUUGAAACCAACAACUUUGCUUUAAGAAGUUGACAUUUCCAAACAACUUUCCCUCCAGCACCCCUGGUUGUUCCUAUUGUAUUAGCUGGGAGAGAAUAAGGUGACUAUGUGUAGAUAAAGACAGAUCCAGCAGAUUAGAUAGCUAGUCUGAUAGGAAGGCAGUUGUCAUGAAUGUGUAUUGUAAGAAGAAUGAAGAGUUGAAUUUAAUCUAACAGAAUUCUUGCAAUUAUUGUUUCUGCUGCUAUCACUGAAAACUCCAGCCUUUCAAAAUCUGAUACUACACAUUGGAUUAUUAUCUUUAUACCACUGAAACUGAGUACUGGAUCCAGAUACUUCCACUGAUUUUAAUACCAGCAGUGAAAUAUCAUAAAUUACCCUGACAGUGCUUUGAGUGCCACUGUGUUCUGUUGUUGGUUUGGUUUUGCAUCCCCCCCUCAACAUGAAUAAUGUGAGAACUCCAUGAAUAUUCUGAAAUGAUCUUGAAAUCACUGUAAUUUGCUUGAUGUAAAUAUGUUUAGAAAUUGGAAAAUAUAUUCUAUCUUUUUAUUUUUAAAAAGUAGCAGAAAAAUGCUUUCAAUGCUGGACUUAAUCAAGGACUCAAUACUCAAGGAGUCAGAAAAAUCAACAGGCUACAAUAUACAGACUAAUAUAAAAACGAGAGAGGGCCUAGUGAUGGGCAGAGCACUAUCAGGAACUGCAUUUGUGGGGAAACACAGUCUCUGAUACAGUAAUCAACAGUUAUCAAUCCAAACUCUGCCUGUCUUGGAAGAGCUAGAUGUCCCUCCCUCCCAUUGAAGAUUGUCUUAAACUCUCAGACAUGCGGUAAAGUCCCAGGAUAGGACGCAAUCUCCAUAGAAAUGCUGAAAGCUGGCCUCAAUUUCUCCCUCAUGACACACCUCCACAGCCUCCUCUUGCAGUAUUGGGAACAAGGAUCAGUGCCACAAGACAUGUGUGACCCCAGCACUGUGAACCCUCUACAAGAACAAAGGUGACCGCCAUGACUGUAACAACUACUGUGCAAUCUCUCUGCAGAGUACUGCGAGGAAAGUGUUUGCCCAUGUAAUUUUCAACAGAUUGGAAUUACUCACUGACAGAGUUUAACCUGAGCCACAAUGUUCUGAGGUCAGCAGUUGACAUGAUUUUCUCACUGCGUCAGCUGCAGAAGAAAUGCCUAGAGUAGAGGUGCUCCUUGUACGUUGUCUUCAUAGACCAUACAAAGGCCUUUGACCUGGUCAUCUGAAAAAGACUCUUCAAGUGCUCAACAAGAUAGGAUGCCCACUUAUUGCUCUCCUGUGCCUUCAGUUCGAUGUGGGUGGGUGGGGGUCUGUUCUACCUGGUACUUCUCCACACCAAGACAAAAGUGUGUGGGGUUCUAAUCCAAGAGACGUUGUUUGCAGAUGAUACAGUCUGGACAGCACAUUCCAAGGAAGUUCUACAGAGACCCAUAAACCAUUUUAUCUAUGCCUGCAUGGAGUUUGGCCUCGUCAUCAGCCUGAUAAAGACCAAUAUCCUGGGUCAGGAUACUGCCAGCACUCAAUGCAUCAGCACUGGUGACCUCACACUUGAGGUGAUAGAAGAUUUUGCCUACCUGGACUCCACCAUAACCAGCAACCUUUCUAUCGAUGCUGAGCUGGAUGAGCAUAUUGGCAAAGCAACUAUGGCAAUGACUCACCUCUCCAAAAGGGUGUGGGAAAAUGUGAUGCUAACAAUCAAUGCCUUCCAUAUGCACUGCAUCAGGAAGAUUUGGGGCAUCACAUGGCAGGACAGAGUCUCAAACAAAUAUGUAUUCUCCCAAGCCUACAUUCCCACAGCUUGUUUGCGCUCCUAUCUCCAUGACAUCUACACUGACUUGGUCAUGUACACAGCAUGGAAGAUGGCAGGAUCCUCAAGGAUGUGCUCAACGGGGAGCUGGCACUAGGCCUGUUCCUGUCGGCCAACCAACUCUGUGUUACAAAUAUGUCUGCAAGCAUGACACGAAGGCUAGAAGCAUUAAGCCCACCAAGUGGGAAUUCCUUGCAGAUGAUCGCAGUUCCUGGAGAGAGACAGUCAGGCUGUGUGUCAACAGCAGUAACCAGAGAAGCAAUGACAGCUGGGAGUAGCACAGAGAGAAGAAAUUCUCCAACAGUUUGACUUUACCCUCAAUGACACACUCUUCAUUUGUCUCCUGAGACACACAGAUGCCAACAGAAGAGAGGUUCUUCAGUGGGACCCAGAAAUUUAUUCAAGUGCAUUUGUUCUUUUACUCAAUAUCUGUUAUGGUUUUCUUUUAAGCCUACACCCCAAAACAAAGAUGACAUCUACAUCUCAGGUCCCACUAUGUUCCAAAUGUUAUUGAUCAUUAAUAUUUGGAGAUUUAAAAUCACCCACUCAUAGUUGCUUAACAAUUAAUGAUGGUCUGAUGGGAGCUUUACGCCAACAACAUCUAGAGAGUUCCAUAUUGACUACCCCUGGUGUACCCCAAGUGGCUACACUUUGAGCAAUACUGAAUGGUUUGGAAUAGCAGCUGAGAAACAAGGGGGGGGGGGAGAAACUACACAUUCCAUUGUAUCAUAAACCCAAACCUGGGUUUAUGCAGUACAUGGUGGAGAAUCCAGAUGAGGUUCCGGUCACUUAUUCAGGGGAAUAACCUAUAGUAACUUAUUGAGGGAUCUUCAGCCAAAGGACACAACCCUACCUCCAUCCUCUGGUGCUCUAACUGUACUCUAACAACUUUUCUGCAUUACCUCUGUCUCCCCAAGCCUCACAGAUAUCAAAGACUACAAAACAAUGCAAAGGCCUUUAACCAGCCAUCUGGCUCCUCCAGACAGGCAUGACUUACCCCAUCAACCCUGGAUAGCCUGCAUAAGGCUUCAGUUGUCUCUGUCUUCCUGUAGAGACAAUUUCUCUUUUAGGUGCAUUAGCAAGCAGGGACACUUUGGAGCUGUCCAAGGUCCUGCAUGCUUUCUGCUCAAUUCAGACUUUAAUGCCUGCUUUCCCUGUGAGCCUCAAGUACCUGCAUAACUGACCAUGUAUUUUGCCUGAUUUUCUAGAACAUAAAACAUGGCACAGAGUUUACAAAGUUAGCACAAACCAUAGUUUAAGAUCAUGUCUGAUUACGACCAUCCAUAAUUAUCUGAAGGAAGCCAUGAACAGGAUGGCUAGACUGUUCCAAUCAGAGAUCUAUCCCCCAAUAUAUAUUCUGAUUUAUAUUCUCUGGACUUUCAGAGAACUUCAGCACUACCAUUCUCUAGAAUUACAAAAUCCUAUUGAACCAAGCAUGGCUUAGAUGGGGCACCAGAAAAUGAUCCAUUUCAACUGGGGUUUAGGCUUGGUUUCAGCACAGAAACAGCUUUGGUUGCCCUGAAUGAUGACUUCUGUCUGGAAAGAGAUGGGGAAAAUGUAUCCUUGACCUCUCAGACAGGGACAGCCUAAUUUCUGUUGUCCAUGCUCUGGUAGCCCUCUGCUACUGUUGUUCCCCAGUGACUGGUAUUCAAAUGUAUUCAGUUACCAGUUGCUAGAAGUGUGGGGGGGUGUUAUUACACUUAUGUGCUGCUUGUGCACUUCCCAUAGGCAUUGGUUGCCCACUGUGAGAACAGAAUGUUGGACUAGAUGUGCUUUGGGUUUGAUCCAGCGGGGAUGCUCUUAUGUUUAGAGGUGUAGUGACACUGAUCCUGGAAAUAGUAUGCAGCCAUCAUGACUCUUGUCAUGUUAUACAUAGGGCUGCUCCUGAAAACAUUUCAGAAACUUUAGCUGGUGCAGAAUUCAGUGGCCAGGUUGCUCACCGAGGCAAGACAGUUUGAGCAUAUUACACUGAUCCUGGCACGACCACACUGGUUCCCAAUUAGUUUCCAGGCCCAAUUCAAAGUGCUAGUUUUGACCUAUAAAUCCUUAAACUGCUCAGAACCACAGUACCUCAAGGAACACCUCUCCACAUAUAAACCAACCCAAACACUGCAAUCAUCAUCUGACGCUCUUCUUCAUGUGCCUCCUCCAUGAGCAGUCCAGAUGGUGGCAACACAAGAAUGGGACUUUUCUGCAGUGGCUUGCCAUUUGUGAAAUGCUCCACCAAAGGAGGUUCAUCUGGCACCUUCAGUAUACAUCUUUAAGUGCCAGGCAAAAACAUUCCUCUUCAACCAGACCUUUGGCUGGAUAAUAAUCUAUGCCCUUUUAAAUGUCUUUGUGGGAGGGGGGUGUUAUUGUUUUGUUUUUGUUUUUAUUAUGUACUUUGUGGUUUUAUUCUGUAUUUUAUUGUGUGAACUGCCUUGAAAUUUUUGGAUGAAGGGAAGUUUACAAAUUUAAUUAAUUUAAGCUUCUGUGAAGAUAGCCCUAUAGUUGAAGUUUAAAAUAUAUCUACUGCACUUCUUUAAUAAUUUAGAUACUAGAUAUUUUCAUGCUGACUCUCCAUGCAGGUUUUUUUCCAAUUCUCAUCUCCCAUGUGAGCCUAAAAAUGCAUUAAGGGAACUCUGUUAAAAUUAAGGGAACUCUAAAAGACAUUCAUAAACAUUUGAUGCUUAGUGAGCACUAAGUCUGAUUUUCUUUAUGCACGACCAGCUUAUUUGGGUGGAUUGUAAAAAAUAUCUUGCCAUAUUUGCUUAUGAACAAUCAUAAUGAUAAUAACAAAUAUAAAUAACAUCAACACUCAGAUCUGGGCAGAGCUGUAUUUCUGUGAGGGUGUUUUUGGUUGCAAUCUGAUAUCUUUGCACAGUUUUGACAAUCCAAAGGGGCUAUAAAACUGCAGCAACCCUCCAGCUAUAAAUUGCUCAGAUACUGGGAAAUCCAUGGUAGCUUGGAACAAGUUUCUAUAUUUCCCAGAAAUAUCUGGAAUGAUCCAACUCUCUGCCACCAUCUUCAAAAUGCAGCAGAGUAGUCUGCUGCCACAUCAAACCUCUGCCGUUGGCAGAUUGCCUCAUUUUAUUCAUGGCCGUACUAUAAAAGCAACAACCCAAAUUAAAAUUUUGCACCCAGGCAAUUAAAAUCCUGCACCAAGCAGAGCCAAAUUCUGUGAUUCAUAAAUUCUGCAAACUGAGCGCAUUUACAUAUUUUCUCUUAUUUUGCACAAUCUAUUCUGCUGUUUUACUUUUCUUUAUUGUGCUGUGACUUGUCAUGGCAAACAUCCUAUCUGUUCAGUAAUGCUCCUAGCAAUUUGUAACUUGAAAUGAAAAGCAAAGCCCAGCUAAAAUAUGUACCGUGAUAUUCGGAUGUACUUAAAACAAACCAGAGGAAAAAUAAACUUGCUUAUUGGAGGUGGUAGGUGGUGGAGAGAACAUAACACAGAGAGUUCAAGUAACUACAGUUAUUCUAUGCUGGUCAUAAUGGGAGUGCUAGUCAUUGGCCAGUGCCUGCAAGGCCUUCAAGAACUUACAGUACACCCAUUUUGAUGGGAAUUGGGGGUGACGGGAUGGGCCACAUUUGGGCAAUAAAAAGUUCCUGUAGUUCUUUCAAGCAUCUAAAUCAUCAGAUGCAUGAAGGAGUCCAAAGGCCAAUUCAUAAUUAAUCUGAAAAGUUAGGCUCCAGUCUUGGAAAUCUAUGUCUGUGUUUGAAAGGAAAGCAACUGGAUCUGAGAGCACAUUUGAUGUGGGAGGAAAUAUGAUCCCAGUUGUGGAUCCCAGAUUUGAUCAGAUUUGAUCAAAAGAGAAGAGUUAUGACUGAUUUCUGAAAGUUCUAGAAUCUCCUGAAACAAUUUCAAGAUACCAAAAUGUAGCUUAAUGGACUACAUCAUAAAUGCUACCAUUAUGCUGAAGGGGCACUGAGAGUUAAUGAUGCAAAAAAAAAAAAAAAAAAAAAGGAACAGGGAACAGUUUCAGACUACAAACAAGCUUGCCAUAAUCUGUUUUACUUGCCAUAAUCUGUUUUCUUAAGCAAACUAAUUAUGCACAUGUGUUCACCUAUGAAUGGUUUAUGGGGACUAACCUGCUUCCUUUGAUGUUCUUAGAUCCCAAUUCCAUCUCUGUUAAAUAGCUUUUUAGGAAUAUCUUUUUAGGAUCGAGGUACAAUCCCUCUCCUCAUAUAUACAGCGGUCAUAUUUUUGGCAGUUCGAAUCCAUGCGACGGGGUGGGCUCUCGUUGCUUUGUCCCAGCUUCUGCCAACCUAGCAGUUAGAAAGCAUACCAGUGUAAGUAGAUAAAUAGGCCACUGCUUACAGGCUACCACUGUAAACGGGGGGGUGGGGGUGGUUUGAUACCAGUAAUGCCAUUAUCUUGCUCUGUGCACUAUUAACAGUGUGAACAAGACUUAUGCAUUUUGUUAAAAUAAUAAAGGAGCUAUACGCACAAGGAAAGUAGCUGACCAACCUGAAUACAUAAACUUGUUGGGAUUGCAAAGGUGGAUCUAGGGGAAUGCAACUAGUGUGGUCACACCGGGCACAGAACUUCUGGGGCAUCUGAGGAGGCACCACAACUAUGACAUACAACAGAAGAUGGGGGGUGGCACUGGAUUUUAGCAUCACACAUGGCACCACUGAAAUUUGAGACGUCAAGGUCCACCACUAUGUCAUUGUGGAUUUUACAGGGAGCAGUCUAAACAUUAAUCUCAGUUAAAAUAUGAUUUGAGCAUUGCUUUAUUUGUCUAAUUUCCCUUAUUAAUUUGUGUUCAAAUUAGUACUGGGAGAAUUCCAAACCUAUGCAUACAUUCUCAUAUAUUUGUUAAACUACCGAUUGAAUUAUUUAACUGAGAGUGGACAUAUAUUUUCUUUCCUGGCUUUUCUUAUGGAAGGAGUUAAGCUACCCACACCCCCUAUAAAGACAGUUUUCCAAACUGUUAAGGACCAUAUUCCAAUUAAAACAAAUCACAAAAUUAAUAGAGCAGCAAGAUAAAAAUGAUUCAUAGCCCUUGGUGAUAUAUUUGAGAGAUGAAGUCUGCAGUAAAUCCCAUUGAGCUCAGAGGGACUUGCUUCAGAGUAAACAUGCUCUUAAAAUUGUGCUGCAUAUUACUAUACAGAGACUGUGUCUUUUAGGAGAUUAUACAAAUUUGUCUGUUAACAUAACAUUUUUUCCGGUACCCAUCAGUAAUUGGCAGUUGCAAUGAAUUAUGUGUCAACCAAAAAGCUUCCCCCACCCCUAUUUAAAAAGGAACAUUUUAGCCAAUGGCAAAAAUGUACAGAAACAAAAAUUCAUUAGUUUUGCAUAAAAUGGCCUGAGGACAAAUAUGUGACCCUGGAGCCAUUUGUUUCAUGUCUUCUUUUUAAUGUAAAAGAGUUUUGUAUGAAGAGUAAAAAAGCAGAAUGAAAUGAGAAUUAUUUACUUUGCUGGUGCAUGAGACUAAUGGGGUCUUCUGUUAUUCCCACUGAUGUCACUGAGAGAUUUGCUUUGGGCUUUCUUGCAGUCAGGUUUUGGUUUAGUCUGUGUAUAACUAUGGAAGAAAAAAAAUUGUAGCGGUUUUUAAAAUUCAUAAGCAAAGGAGAAAGAAGCAGUUGGUAAAGCAUAACUGAAAAGGAGUCUGAGGCUAACAUUUCAGAAUCUGCAAGAAUUUACAAAAUGUAUUACUUGGAACUGGGGCAGCAAGGUUUUGAAAGAAUAAUAAAACAGUUGAUGUAAGGCAAAUACUAAGAUUAGAACCAAAAUUUUCUAAUUAGGUGAGGGAUCUGUGGAGAAGCUCUUCUCUUCUCCUGCUAGGUGCUGUUGGCUAUGGAAACACCUUCACUCUCACACACCCUACAACACCGAUGUUUGCACUCACACCUGGGCUGCAAAAUUCCCUGAUGCAAAACGUAUCAAUGGGUGUGGAUACAAGAUGGGGAGCCAAGCUACUCUUAAAGGGGCAAUUAAAGCUAGCUGCAAGUCCAUUGCCCCUUUAAGACCAGCUUAAAUCUGAACUCUAAUGACAAAAUAAGAACCCGUGAUUCCUCAAGGGUUUUCAUGAUGGUCCCAGCAAUUUCAGGACAGUUGGAGGGUAUGCAAAUACAGUAAAACACUUGAAAUAGUAUCGCUGAGAAGCAAGCAGCAGAGAACUUGCAGCUAAAAUAACGUUUUCGCUGUGCUCAACACAAGUGUCAGCACUGGUGUGCCUACUAGGGAGCUGGGACUUUGGCAGCUGCUUGGAGAUUCCAUGUUCUGUCGCUGGAGAGGGGACUGUGCUUGCACUCUGCACUGCACUGCUCCAUGUGCAAUUCUAGUAUUUUUCUGCAAACCUAAUAUAUCCCUUCUGUAUUCAGAAAGAAGAAAGGUGCUUUGCGGCCAUACUGGUUGGUAUAGGGCCAUUCACUUUGCUGUAAGCGCAAAUAAUAACACUCGCCAUUGCAGAUGGAUACUCCCUGGAAAUUGCCUCAAUGAGUUCCGUGAAAAGGUCUUUAUGUAAAAUAUAAUUGGUAGAAAUUUUAAACUGAAAUAUGUAUACACGUGUUUAUAGUAUGAGAUAAUGUUGUAGCCAGCUAUUAUCUUGUAUCACACAGAGUACAGAUUUGAACACUGGCCAUCCAAUGUGAAAGGGACAAGGAUUAAAUUAGUAGUCACCCAUUGUUCUUCACUAGAGAAUUGUGUGUAAUUAAAAAUCCUGGUUGCUUCUCAUAUCACAUGACUAGACAUGCAAGGAAGCUCUGGAUACCUGUUGGCCUUGAUGAAAACACACUCAAAUGCAGUCAUAUUGCUUUUCCUAGAGGAUCUGUGUUAGUCAAAAAGAGUCUUUUUUUAAAAAAAUCCCCCUAUCAAAUCAGUUUCAUGAAAGAGUUAUUUCAUGCCUUGAACAAAUUUUAUAUAACCAUCACUUUAGCUUUUCUGGCCUUCGAUCAAGCUGUGAAGUGAAAUUAUAUUAAAUAAAUAUGGAAAGAUUAUGCUUCAGUCCUGUGUUAUAUUGUGCUCUGCAUAAAAAUGAGAAGACACUCAAAAAAAAAAUUGCAUUAUCAGACAUUUCUGGAAAAAUAAAGGGUCACAUUUUCAGAGUACGGUAAUUUAUAUUAAUACAAGCUGAAAGUGUCUGGUAUUGCCUAGGAAAAUUAAGAAACCAAAAAUUAUUGAGAUUUAUGAAUGGAUGGUGUAAUAUGUUACUCUCAGGGCUAUGUGUAGUCUUGCCCCUGCCCCAGGGUCCCAAACUGACCCAAUAACACCAGACCAUAGCUGGCCCCUAAUCAAUUUGGGUUUGGGGUUAAUGUUUAAUUAGGGUUUUAAAAAACCUUAUUAAAAACUUAGGGGGGAAAGGUUCUGGUACUCACCAUGCAAGAACACACUGGCCCCACAACCCAGACUCCAACCACAAAAGCUGAGGUCUGCUUAAGAGGCCAGAGGCCACCUUGGCUUGGACCUGCAUCUUGGGAUGCCUACAGAAUGGCUCACAAUGGUAUCCAAGCAUAGACCAAACCCUGAUUCUCAAUCUUGGGAGCUGUCAGAACAAACCGAGCAUCAAAAUCUCCGAACACAACCAAAUUGGUGUAGUGUGGAACACUUAAGCCUGCCACCUUGGUUCAAAAUGGUGCCUGAUGGCUCCCAAAUGUAGGCAAAAGCUAUCUCUUCCACCUCAGGAACAGUCAUGCAUACAGAACAGAGAGACAAACGAACAAACCACUUUCCAAAACAUGUAGCAGAAGUAGAAGUAGCAGAAGGCAGUACAAGUCAAUAGUAUAUAGAAGUAGAUAGUAGAUAAAUAAGCAUUUCAGUAUAUUUCAUACAAAACCUCUCCCCGUGAAUUUAUUUUGACAGUAAAUAUAUACCAAGAUAUUAUCAAAGAAAUGUUGUCUUUUGCUGUCAGCAGAUACUGUUUACCCAAGAAUAUACAAAUGGAAUUGGCCAAAAGGCCAACUAAUCUAAACCCUCAAGGAUUACACUGUAAUCAAUUGUAAAAUCCAAACUGUUCAUUGUAUAUUAUAUAAGAUCUGUUUAAUGAUCCUCUUUUGACUGUGCAGCACUCUUUAAGCCUCUGGACUCCUCCCUACUUUUCCCUUUGACUAGGCAAAAUCCUGCUUGUUUAUUUCAAGCUGUGACAGGCAAUUGUAUAUUACCCUUAAGGUGGCUUGAAGCCAAAGAGGCCAGAGAACCUUUACCUUUAAUAGUUGUGUAGAAGAGGCCAUAUGAGCAGAUAUGGAUUGCAUUAUAAUAAGGUACACCUGUAGGUUUGCUGGCCUCACUUCCAUCUGGUCAGCCUGUUUAAUAAACCUGUUGCAUUACCAGCACCUGUAUGGAGUCCGACUGAGUACUGAAGUUUAACAAACAAAAUAGUGCUUCCAGUUACUAGUCUUAGGCGGGUGUAAGCAAGUAAAAUCUCACAUUCCUCCAGGCUCCCCAUAUCCAUUUAUGUUAUAGUGUAAACAAAAUUAGAACUGCCUGCUGUUAUUCUGAUUCUGCAUAGUUCACUUUCUGCUAUUCAGGAGGAGAAUGCAGAGCAGACACAAUGCUGAUAACUGGUCAAAGGCUAGAAAUUGGACCAGAAGGAAAACAUGAUAGUUUAGUCAGUUAAGCAUGAGACUUUUAAUCUUAGGGUUGUGAGUUUGAGCCCCACCUUGGACAAUUCUAUGAUUCUGUGAGAAAGAGGGUUAAAAAAUUGAAAUGCAAAGAGGCAAAAAAAGAAAAGAACUGAAUGGUUUUUAUGGCCUGUUUCUCUCCACCCACAACCUGUCUACCCAUCCCAUUCUGAGCACUUAGAGACUCCUCAUUUCCAGAUGCCAAGUAUUCUCUGCUUUUAAAAAAAAUUCUCUUUACUUAAUCAUUUCUGUGCCUCCUAUUCUUGCCUUUGAGCAGCAGGAAGUGGGAGGAGGGCUGAGAAGAUGCAUCAUACCUCCAGCUAAAGGAAUGGCGCAGUACUGUACAAUACAAAUAGGCCCAAUACAAAUUAGAGACUCCAGCACAGCCUUCCAGAGGUGGUUCCAUUCCCAAAUCACAGAUCUGCAGUGGAGAUCCUCCAUCUUGGUUGUACAUCAUCGCAACUUACCCACGCUGAUGUUCAUAUCUCAUAAACUGGCAGAGAUGCAGCCACUUUAUAUGUUCUCUAAACACAUCAAUUGGUACAUAUGCAUCUUUUAGCUAUAUUGAAAGAACUGAAUGUGUGUUUUGGCUUGUAUUGGGUUGCUGUGCAAAAUAUACAGAAAGAGUUCCAUCCAAAAUCUAAAUCUGUUAGGGGAAAAUUGUAGUAUCUGAUUCUGUUGGUAGUUGCCAAGUUUUGGGCACUCUGAGUGAGUAAUUGUUUAAUGAAAUGGACACGUGUGAUUUAUCCAGCAAGCUAUUGAUUCCAUCCUAGAGGAAAUUAUUAAUCCUGAUGAAUGAAAAGCUUUGCAGAGAAAACAAAAUGUUUUACUUUUUCUCUCUCACAGCUUUAAACAUUUGUUUCAUUAAGGAUAUUUCUAUAUUGCUUUGUAUAUAAAAAUACAUUUGUGCGGGAAAGAGUUAACUUAAACAACUACAAGUGUUACACAAAUAUACACUGUUGGCAAUUUGAAGGUGACAAAACUUCUAGUAUACAGUCGGUAAAAUGAAAGGAUCAAUCUGCAUGUUACAAUUUCCAGAAUUAAAUGUAGUUUAGCGAAACUUAAAUAAGUGUGCAUUGUCAUUAGCAACUGAAAUACUGAAUGGCUUCUCUUCUUUCUGCCUUGUUUUUUUCAUGUAUGUAAUUGGUACACACACACACCUAUUAGUAUUCUGGGAAAGCUAUCAAAACAAACUAUUCUAUAUACUAAAAGAGAACACCUUUUGAAAUUGGAUUAGCAUAAACAUACUACUUAUAAGUCAGUUUUUUCCAUGUUAUAGUUGGUUAACUGUACAUAAUGGGAAGUUACUUAUGAAAAGAUUUCUCUUUGUUUUACACACACCUGUUUAAGAAAAAGAAUGUUUGUUCAACAUGAAAACUAUUUAACUUUGCAGAAAAUGAAAUAUUAACUCUAAACUUUGCAGUCAUGUAGAGGAAAUUGCAGCUGAGAUGAAGACAUCUGAGGCACUUUUCACUUUUAUUAUAUAGGAGGGGAAAGAGAGAGAGAGCACUAAAUGUAACUGGAAUGCCAUUUUUAUAGUAUGUGUUGUAAUAAGGACCCCUUUCAUGAACAUGAAACACAGGUGUAUCAUGCCAGUUAUGAAGAGCACAGGCAUGUAUAAAUUUUGACUAUAUUUUGAAGGUAAAUCCCUCAAACAACAAUAAGAGCAACUGGCUAUAAGAAGAAUUCCCAGAUACUGUUUUACCUUAGGCUGGACUCUGAUUCCAUGGCAGAACUGGAAUAUUAAACUUAGUUCUUAACAAGUCCAAAUUAAUCAUCCUGUCCAUUGGAUCACAUCGGCUCUCUUCUUCCCAACUUCUGAAGUGAAUGUUAUGGCUAAAUUGUGCUUUUUUUAAAAAAAAAAAAUUAUUACUCAUGAACUGUACAAUUACAUGCUGCCUUACUCUAAAGCCCCAUACAAGUUCUUGAACACAAUUACUAUUCAGAAAAGUCCAUUUGGGGAAUCUGUUAGUAUGUAGAGAAGGCAAGGAUUUGUUGAGGUUGAAGCAGGUGAUUUCCUCAGACAUGUUUUACAAAAUGGCUUCCUUUAUUCCUAGUCACCUGCUCAUAGCUAUUCAAGCUAUGAUUCUGGCAAGAAUGAAAGCAUGGACAGAGGUGCAGAAGACCUCUCCCUGAACCGUGGAGAAGAGGACGAGGAUGAUCAUGAUGAACACGAAGAUGCUGAGAAGGCCAAUGAGUCGGAUGGCGUAGAAGCGGAGCGCCUGAAAGCUUUUAAUGUGAGUUACAUGGAGCUUUAUGCCCUUCAGAAUUUCAUUUUCUUAUUUGUGGCAUUUAUUAUGGGUAUAUGUGGCAGUAAAAGAGGUACACUAACUUUAUUAGAAGGGGGACCUCCCUCCCUCCGCACACAUUAAAACUCUUGGAAACAGACACCAGUUCACCAGAUUUAGAGGUUUAACGUAUAUUUACCUCAGUUGUGUGUUUUGUGUGUGUGUGCAUGUUUGCUCAGUGGACAGCAGCAGUAGGGACUAGAGGGCUGCAGUGUAGUUCCAGGAGUGUAUUCCAGCGGCCAGCUAUUUUCUAUUAUUUUCCAGAUUUAUAUAAUUUUGCAUGACAACGUACGCAAAAAUUGCUCACAGCAGGGGAAGAGUAAGAGACACAGUUCAGUAUAACAAUGUAGGCAUCCUACUGCAUUGUUAAUAACAGACAUGAAAACAGUGCCUAUUUUCACAAUCUGUGUUUUAUUUCCCUCACAAUUUCUAUACACUACAGCCUAAUCUUUUCUUGUCUUUUUUUUUGUCAGUCCUAAAACAAAAUCCUUGCUUGCUUAGCAUUUCUGACUUUCCAUUACAAAGCUCUUCACUGUGUAAAUAAAUAAAAAUAAAAAUAAAGGAAAUGUCUUCCUCUCUGUAACUGAGCCAGGAAGCUUAGAAAGAGAAGAGAACACCACCCCUCCAAAUCCUUCUCCUCUGUCUCCCUCUUGCCAACAGAUGUUUGUCAGGCUGUUUGUAGAUGAAAACUUGGACCGAAUGGUCCCAAUCUCUAAGCAGCCCAAAGAAAAGAUCCAGGCUAUCAUUGACUCAUGCAGGCGACAAUUCCCUGAGUAUCAAGAGCGUGCCAGAAAGCGUAUACGUACUUACCUCAAGUCCUGCAGGCGGAUGAAAAGGAGUGGUUUUGAGAUGGUGAGUUUUGAUCUAAAAAAAAACCCCAGCCCUAGUUUCCAUCAAAAACCCCAUAUGUAAAUCCAUGACACUAUUUUGUUUUCAUCUUAGUGUCUCUUUUUAUUUGUAUUUUUGGUAAUGUCAGGUCAGAGGUUAUUCUUCCUCCUUUCAUAUUACCUGGAUCCCCCCUCCCUUUCUCCAGUGCAUUUGAAAUGCCUUCAAAAAUGCAGUUUGCAGUUAUUUCAAAUAGAAAUUCAUUUUAAAAAAUGAAGAGCUCCUCAAGAUGUAAAGGAACAAGCAAAAGAGAAAUAAGGCUUGUUUGUUUUUGCAGGGUCAUCAUUCUGACUCCUGUAGAGAUGAUAUAGUGGCCUGAACCUACAGGUACAUGUUGGUAGUAGUGGGAUGCAUAUGUGAAACUGGACAUGCCAUGUACACAUGGCUACCUACUGAUUCUCUUUAGGAUGGAAUGUCAAUCUAGUCAAUCUAGGCCUUCCUCCCAAGCAUAUGAUAUACACAUUCCAAGCUGACAGAUCUGAUCAUGUCGUCAGGGAUCUGCACAUAUUUCAUGAUGCAGCUGUGAGAAUCAUGGGUCCAGCCAUUAGUGGUGGGUGAGUCAAUAUAGCAGGGGAAUCUUUCUAUAUUUUGGAAUGGGCAUAUUAAUUGUUGCCCUGUUGUCAUAAUUACCACAACAUUUGUCAGAGACAUGAAAACUGCUUUUAAUGGUGCUUAUGCUACAAUCACACAUACAUUUGGCAUUUUACCAAAUCAAUGUAGCCUAAGCAAUGUAAGACUAUAGAAAAAGACUAUAGAAAAACACUUAGGAUCAAAUUAAUAUGCUUUCAGCAUUUUCAAAAUUGUUUAAAAUUACUCAUUGUUUGUCACCCUGGGCUCCUUUGGGAGGAAAGACGGGGUAUAAAUUUACUAAAUAAGGUUUUGCUGUAUAGGAUUAAGAUUUUUAGGGAUCAUUUCUUAAUUGCAACAUUAAUAUCAUGGGGAGCUUUUUUAACCUUUCUAAUUUCUCAAAGAAAGUGAGAAAUGAAAAAAGCACACCAUUUUUUUGGCUGCCAUGAUCGAACACCAACUAAAUGUUAAAAUACCACACCACAUGCAUCCUUUCCCAUUAUAGUAGAAAAGAAGAACUCCUUUGAAAAUUAUCUCAGCAUUUCCAUAAAAAGUCCUAAAACAAACCUCAGACCCUUCCUUUCAUAACUUUCAAACAUCAUCUACCUUUUAAAUAUCAUUUUAAGAAAUACAUCCAAAAAAACGUAUUUUAUAUAAAAGCAAUAAAAUCAGUCUAUAUUUUGUCGCUCCUUCCUUCCUUCCUUCCUUCCUUCCUUCUUUCCUUCCUUCCUCCUUUCCUUCCUUCCUUCUGAUGUCCAUUCAUUGUUCCAAAACCUUAAAUGACUGUGUUCAAAACCAAUUGCCACAUCUGCUGAAAUCACUAGCUUAGGACAAAAGUAAAAAUGCAGGAAGUCGUAUUUGUACAAUUGAUGCAAGACAAGGGAACUAUAGAUUGAAAGGGAGCAGAGAAUCAGAUGUGAAAAUCUGAUUGUUGAGUUAUAUUGUGUUUUGAAAUAUUUGACGGGCAAUAUAUUAUUGAAGUCUAGUAAAUAGUGUAGUUUUACAUUUGUUUUGUUUGAAUUAAGUUAUUUAUAAAAUGAAAAGUCUUUGUGCAACUGUCUGAUCUUGAUAACUUUGAUUAAUUUUAUCUCACGACUUUGUACACUGCUCUAAUAUGGAGUGUAAUAUAUAUAUAUAUUUACAAAGAAGUAAUAUAUUUCCUGUCUUAUAUGACCAAAUUUCAUACACAUGUUCACAUCACUGAACAAUUGCAAACAUGAAUGAUCUCAAAAAGUGCUUGUUUAUAUCUCUACAUUACUGUCCAAAUAAAAAAGCAUGUAGGGGUAGCAAGUGGGGGACACCUGGCUUGAGAGCAGUACAUGUGAAAAGGAUCUAGGAGUCUUGGUUGGCCACAAACUUGACAUGAGCCAACAGUGUGACGCGGCAGCUAAAAAAGCCAAUGCAAUUCUGGGCUGCAUCAAUAGGAGUAUAGCAUCUAGAUCAAGGGAAGUAAUAGUGCCACUGUAUUCUGCUCUGGUCAGACCUCACCUGGAGUACUGUGUCCAGUUCCGGGCACCACAGUUCAAGAAGGACAUUGAGAAACUGGAACGUGUCCAGAGGAGGGCAACCAAAAUGGUCAAAGGCCUGGAAACGAUGCCUUAUGAGGAACGGCUAAGAGAGCUGGGCAUGUUUAGCCUGGAGAAGAGGAGGUUAAGGGGUGAUAUGAUAGCCAUGUUCAAAUAUAUAAAAGGAUGUCACCUAGAGGAGGGAGAAAGGUUGUUUUCUGCUGCUCCAGAGAAGCAGACACAGAGCAAUGGAUCCAAACUACAAGAAAGAAGAUUCCACCUAAACAUUAGGAAGAACUUCCUGACAGUAAGAGCUGUUCGACAGUGGAAUUUGCUGCCAAGGAGUGUGGUGGAGUCUCCUUCUUUGGAGGUCUUUAAGCAGAGGCUUGACAACCAUAUGUCAGGAGUGCUCUGAUGGUGUUUCCUGCUUGGCAGGGGGUUGGACUCGAUGGCCCUUGUGGUCUCUUCCAACUCUAUGAUUCUAUGAUUCUAAGUUUUUCAGGUCUGCUGUUGCCCAUGAAAACACAGAACUAAUCUUCUUCCCUCAUGCAUGUGGAAGUAGCUGUCAGCAUCGCCCUUGAGCCAGUGCCACCAACUGGACUCAUCCACUUCAGCCCCGACUGGGCUAGGCGAGCUGGGUAGCACUUCCAGAGACCACCUUCUGCACAGGAACAGGUCAAAGUGCUGUGGACUCACAGCUUAGAGUUGUGAGCACCAGAUUCACUUCCACAAGAAGACAGUCGUCGCACAGCAGAGUACAGCAGACUCUAGCAGAGUAUAUAAACAACUCGGAGAGCAGCUCUGUAGAAUAUCUUCUUUAUUCUAUCUACAACUAUACAAACUAUAUACAGAGCUUAAUGAGCCUAAGCAUAAAUGAAUGCUGCACUGCACUGAGUGUCUGCAGCUGCUCUUAGCAGCAACCUUAUCUCUACACAUGAUCUCUAACACUCAGUCUCUCUCUCUCUCUCCGACACUGACUGACUGACUCGGUGCUGGAGCAGAAUAAGUAGAGAGCAGAACACGCCUCCUCCUCUCUGGAGAAUCAGCAGACUCCUCAGGAGAUUCUUGGAUAUGGGAGGGGUGAAAUCUCCUCAGUAGCUGUGUCCAAAAGCUGUUGCCAUAGUUGAGUGAAAGCAAGCAAAGUCUUCUCCUGAGCAAGAGUGUACACCUCCCUGUCUUACGUUCCUUAUUUCAGCAACAUCAUUGCAUAACAGUAGCAGUUGCCAAUGAGGCUGAGAGACAAGAUCCUCAACAGUGGAGACUGUAUGAGAAACCAGAGUUAGACCUUUGGUUUAUCUAGCUUGGAAUCAUCUACUCUGAUUGGCAGUGGCUCUCCAUGAAGCUUCACAGAGGUUUUUCAUGAUCAUAUUGUCUGAAGCUCUUUUGACCGGAGAUGGUAGGGAUUGAAUUUGGCACCUUCAAUAAGCAAGAUGCAUUGAAAUAUGGUCCUUCCCUUAAGAUAGACUAGUGGAAUAGAAUGUGAAUGGUCACGGGCAGACAUUCUAAAUGGUAGUGAAACCUAGUUUGAACACACAUUCGCUGCAUCCUGAGGCAUUUGCUGUCAGAGAGACCAUGUUCAGUAAGCCCUAUACCAUGGCUUAUAAGCUGAUUGGGUAACUUUGCUCCUCUCCUCCAUGCUGUGGAAGUUUAUGUCUUGGCGUGAUAUGUGAACAUGGCCUCCAUAGCCUCUCUAGGUUUCAUAAAGACUUUUUGGUGGUUUGCUUGAGGGGCUUAUUAUUUGAAGGGUACUACACAAACCCUCUGCAUAGGUCAGUUUCAAUUUGAUAGAUUUGGCAGUGCUGCAAAGACAAACGGGAAUAGUAUUUCUUUUCACUCGCUAUUACAUUUCAUCAGCUAAAGCUUGUUUCGAAUCCUGAUGAUUAAUAUUUGUCAAUAUGAAGAAAUAAAGAAUUAAAUGGCCUCCAUGCUUGUAAAACAUAUCAUUUUGAAAUGUCUGGUGCUAUCUAGAUUGUAAUCUAAUUUUGUUUCACUGUAAUGACAUAACUGAAAGGUAAUUAGAAUACAAGGAGCAAAGUUGUUUAACUGACUGCUUAUUUAAUAUCACUUAAAAUACAGGAAUGGUGACUAUAUCACUGUAUCAUUAUGGUGGUAAGGCGUUACAGUGAAAUUUCUACAGAGGUCUGGGCAUAAAUUCAACUUUUCACAUGAUUCAGUUGAUAAAUCUUUCUGAAAAUGCCAGAACAAUUAAAAUUGUUUAUAGGACAUGUAGCAUUUCAGGUGUAAUUAUGGAACAACCACCAGGACUUGAUGCUCUGGAAGAUGUAAAUAGAUUAAUUAGUGGAAGGUGUGUCUUGCUCUGAUCUACCUCAAACCAUAUCAUGUAUACCAAGUGUAGUAGAAAAAUAUACAUCUUUCUUUUAGUUUAUGAAAUACAAUAGGGAUAAAAUAAUAUAAAUUCUGAAGCAAUUUCUUUGGGUGUCAAUGUAUAUAACACAGCAACAGGUUAUCAUAUUGCUUUUAUUUUGAAUGGCACCAUUAGGAUCACAAUGAAAAUGGAUGCAAAAACUAUCUGAAGAAAUGAAACAAACUUCUGCAGAAGCAUUUGUCAAAGCACAGGUUUCAGAUCAUCAUGGUAGACCAGCGAUAGUUCCUUCCUCAGUUGACCCAUGCAGAUCGGCUGAGAUGAAAGGACGUAUAGUUCCCUCACCAUUCAGCAAACUAUUAAUCUAAUGACCAGGCAGGGGGCAACUUGCACUCCCAUUAGUGCACUGGGCUCUACUGUCUUUACUUUUAUACUUUUUGUUGCUUCUGCCAAAUUUGGCUGUGGUUGUUUGGGGAAUUGAUCAGUGCUCCAAACUGGGGGUUAGCCACUCCUUUGGUAAGCAGAAAUUUUAGUAGCAAGUUCCAUAAUGGACCAAAUAUUGGGGCUAGUACUGGCUAUAGUGUGCAUGGCUUUCUCAUUAUUAUAAUUAUAAUUAAUUAAAUUUCUAUACCGUCCAUCCAGGGAUCACAGGGCAGUUUAUAAUAUAAAAACACAAAAAUACAUAACUGAAUCAAACAAAAACAGUCCCCCCCCCCCCCCCGCUCCAGUUUAAAAGGCCAUAAAUUGUUUCAUUAGACAAAGGCCUGGUUGUUGCAGCCUUGGAAGGUUGAGUUUUAUAUGUCCAAACAUUUUUUUUUCUUUUUAAGAAGAGGCAACCUACAUUAACAUAUUAAUCAGACUAUUUUGGUCAAAGAUUCCUAGCAGAGUUUUAUUUAUCAUGCUUCUAAUAGUUACUAAGGAAUUGCAGUUUCUGUGCCUGAAAUAUCUUGCUACCAUAUCCAUUCAGAUAUUGGUGAUAAAUAUAUGGUUGCCCUGAGAAAGAAAAUGUGUUCAUCUGUUCCUGUUCUGUCUCAGGAAUAGAAUUCAAAACAAAUAAUGCAACCUUUCACUCUUUCUUCAAAAGCACAUUUCAAAAAGCAGCCUAGAGUUCAAACAUUCUCUGUCAAAGAAUGAUCCUGAAAUCUUCAGGUCACCAGGGAGAAAUUAUUUUGUAAUACUAAAAAAGAGGGGAUUCUGCAACUUAUUCUGAACUGGUAAAUAAGAUCUGGCCUUCAGAUAAUAGCCUCAUUAUUCUUCCCCUGCAGGGGGACAUCUGGAAGAGAGUUCUUAACUAAAGGCCUUCUUUCUCAUUAGUAUCUGCCCAUCUCACAGGAAAUAAUUAAGGCAGUUGAUGGGGGAAAUGACAAAAAAUGUGCCUUUUGGAUGACAUCUGCUCUAAGUAUCUUUAAAGUUUUGUUGCUGCUAUAAUUUCCUGCCUAAAAAAAAAUGUCAUGUUCACACAUUUAUAUCUGAUGACCAUCAUCUAUAUGAAUCUCUUCUAAGAAAAAACACACUAGUAUUGAUAAUAUAGAAACUGUAGGCAAUACUAGGAGUUAACUAAUUUCUGAGAUAAGGGCUUCCAUACCACCUUGAAAUAGUUUCACACAAAGUCAACAAAGAACACAGCCUCAGUACAGCUACAGGUGUCCUAUAUGUUGGGUAAUGAAAGGCAAACAUCUCAGUAGAUCUUUCUACAGAAACACAACAGUUUGACAGAGCUGUUCCGGAGAUGAGGAAAAUAAUGUAAAUUCAUACUCACUUCAAACUGUGCAUUUGUGUUUGUGUGUGUGUGAGAGAGAGAGAGAGCACAUGCAUGCGCUCACACACUUAUACCCAAGGCUGUAUCUAAGUCUCAUUUAACUUAAUGAAACCAUGAGGAACAUGUGACUUCUGGCUUGCCUUGGGAAGACUCAGUUAAAAUACAAACCUCCUCCACACAUACAGUAUUCUGCAUUCAUUUACCUGUUGACGAUGGCUGCUUGCCAAGCCCUUCUUCACACUUCCCUGCCUUUACAAACCACCAGCCUUGUCUGAACAUCUGUCUCAUGAAAAGAUCACAUCAACGUAUUAUGAAAUCCUAAAGCACAAAUCUCAGGAGAUAUACCUGGCAUAUUACCCAGCCCUUGCCCUGUCAGAUUGUGUAUGUCUUUACUUUUACACGUCACCCUACUCAUUUCACUGAGGCAAGAAUAUAUUGGGACAGGAUUUGGCAUUAUGUACAUGCACAGCAGCAGGAAAGAGAUUACUAAUUGGUCUACAUGUGUUUGUUGCCUCUUUUCCUUCUGUAACUACAUUUUUUGGCUGUAUGGUAAUCUUGGGCAAUUAUUGCUGCUGUACAGUCAUAUAGAGCCUAGAUAAUUGUGCUAAACAUGGUGUCUGCGGCAAAUAGACACCCCCCUUUUGUCUAUUAUAAGUAGAAUACUGUCUGGAAUGAGAACAUUAGAAUUGUAAGCAAAGUGGAUUGUGCAUUAAACUGAAUUUCUCUUUUUAAAAAUUAAACAUGUAUUCUCUAAUUAAUUUGCGUUGUAGGUCCUCCACCAAAAUAAUGCUAUGACCUAUUGUUCUUCAUCCAUCCCUCCAUUCCCUGGCUAGUUUUGCCAACAGUUACUGAAAUUUUGCUUCUUCCAUUUAUUCUCAGACAAGAAUAAAUGAAAAGCAUUACAGCUGAUGUCAAAAUGCAGUGCUGCUGCAAGUCUUAAAAUGACAAAUCCUUUUAUAUAUUUACUGGGGAUAUGAAAGCUUAUUACAUUAGAACAAUAUCAGGACAUCCAACAGAGUGCAGUGCUGUUCUUCAGUUUGUAAUGCAGAAUGUUGCUCAAACAUGCACAUCGUGCUACUUUACACUGCAUGCUUUACAAUAUUAGAGAGUGUUUUAAUAUGCCUCUAUUCUCAAGAAUCCUUUUUCAGUCUUAAUUCUGUAACAAGAUGUUGGUGAGUAUAUUCAUGUUCUGCUUGAGGUAUUCUGGUUUCAUUGACAAAAUAUUUUAUUAGACCUUUGAAGUUGUACUUGUUAUGCAUAAAACAGAAGAUCCACUGUGUAUUCCAUAACUAGAAUCACUAAAUAUCUGUAUUUUAAGGACAAAAUGUUCCUUUGAAGAACAUGUUGGCGGUUUGAAAGAAGGUUUAGAUCCCAAAUAUACAUGUGGUAGAAAUGCUUUGAAGUGGAUGGUGCUGUUUGGACACAAGCACAUUUACAUAUAGAACUGAAAAAGAAAUGCUUAGUAUUACUUGUAGAAAUUUGCUGAUGAUUUUAUACAUUCAAGCAAAUGAGGUAACACAUGCCAUAUAGGUUUCACUAUUAAAACUAGCGUCUGAUGUGCAGCACAUCAACCAAUGGUUGCCCUAUAUGUAAUUAUUUUAUUGCAAUCUAAGGUCAGUUGUAUCUAUGUAUUUUCCCUUAUGCCUUUGGAAAUAAGAAAAUGUUUUAUAGAAGUUUCCCUGGCUGCCACUUGAGAGACUAUUCUAUAAAAAAUUCUUACACCCCAAUCUCAAGUAUUUUUACUACGAAGUAAUUACCACUGUCAAAUGAACAGAUUCAGAAGCUCAGACUGAACCUACAACACCAGGCAAUAUUGAUUCUUUUUAGGGGGAGCAGGAAAUUCCCUGAUACAAAUACCCAGUUUACAGCCUUUUUAUAAUUUUGUAUGUGUGCCAUUCUACUUAGAUUCUUGAGUGACCUUCUGCCAAAUUGGCUAUAACUGUUUGUUUCAUAUGUGUUACUUUCGGUAUAUUAUUUAAUGACCCUGUGAUGCAAAUAGAUGUCUUUGGAUGAAUCAAAGUAUCAGCUUUCUUAUAGUAUUAUUUGGGUUUUUUAAAAAAUUAAAAAUACUGUUUAGUGGACUCAGCAUGAAACAACAUCAUUUGAAGGGUGCAACACAUGAUUUACUGUGCGGCCACCAUAAUGUAAUAUCAGAAAAUAAAACACAGUAAAAUCGUGAUCAGCCACCAGAGUCAUAUGUUCUUUGAGACUGGAUUCCAGCGUCAGUCUACAAUGCUCAAGGCUGAUAUUUGUGAUGUACAUUGACAGUAAGAAGCUGGAGGGUGCCAUGAGGAUGCUCAAAUCUACUAUAGGCUACACUCCCAUACAUACAAACCUGGGAGCAUGUUGAACAUAUAAGACUGAACUGUUAUUGACCAUCUUCAUUUUAAAUGAAAGUAAUGAACUAAAGUAGAGAGUACAACUGUAUGUUUCCCUAUAUGCACAACAUUUCAACAGAUGCUAUAAAAUUGAUAGAUUUUUACAGGGGAAUACAUGGACUUUCCCUCUGAAACAUCUGCUCUAAUUUUAAAAAACAAAAAUAUUUCAAAGUUAUAGAAUAAAAUUGAAAACUCAUCUGUCCUGUUUAAAUUUAAAGCAGAAAUAAAAGGGUAGCUACCAAUACUACUACUACAUCAGAUUUCUUACCUGCACUUCACCAUGAGUCCUCACCAUAUUGCAAUAUAGUGCAAUAUUUGUAUUUAAAAUAUAGAAUUAUUUAGCACACAAUCCAGCCCAAAGCAGAUUAAGCUUCAGUUUAAAUGAGUAUGUUAACUACAUGCUAACCUCAAAGGGCCUUAAGAGUAUUUAAUUUGGACUGAUUCUUAUCUCACAUAUGGUAUUUGUGAAACCAAUUUCCUCUAUUUACAGUAUAAACUGUCCCAAACUUUGAUAAGCAGUCGUGAUUGUACACUUCCAACAGCUCCAUCUUAUUACCAAUUGGGUCUUCUAUUAUUAUUAUUAUUAUUAUUAUUAUUAUUAUUAUUAUUAAAGAUAUUAUUUCUACAUCAUGUUUCAAUAGUUAAGUGUAAUUUUGAUCAUUGAUUUACCAUCAUUUAUGUCCAACAGAUAAUUUAAACACUACUUAAGUGAAUGGAAUGGUUCAGACACAUUUCAGUGCCCUUUGGAUCAGUUAUUUACAUUUUAAUGUGAAAACUGACUCUUUCGUGAAGGGCAAGUAGCAGAUAUAAGACAGUGUCAUUUGUGAGGCAAUGGGUCUACAUUGAGUAUUUCACUGGAUGGCUUAGGGGUGACUGAAGAUCAACUGUACAAAAUAUAAGUAUUGUCAAACCAAAUAUAAUUGCACGAAUAAACAAAAAAAGAGUAUUUAUCUAAGAAUAUUUACUCUGAUUUUGUAUUUCUUUACUUAAUUUAUAUCCUGUAUGUUCAGCAUAGGUUUAUGUUUGCAGGGUUGCUAACUGAACAAAAAUCAAAAAGUACACUUUAAAUAAAUAAAUAAAACAACAGAGAAUGUGUAGAUUGCAUAGAUCAUUUUUAGAAGUAAAAGCAGGCUAUGUAGAUUAUUAGUCAAGUAUAUCAGUCAAGUCAAUAGUGGAAUUAUAAUAAAGAUGACUAGUACUAAUGCACACCCUUAAUUUGGGGGGGGGGGUUAAUUCUUUUGAAGAUGGGGAAAUUCACAGUCAAGUGGGUGAACAAACAUUACAUACUGCUUAAACACUAAGGCUGUCAAUCAUUACAACUCUCCAGGUAAAAUACAUACAAAGAAUAUGUGAGAAUGCUUUGCUAUGCAUUCAAGUAAAAAGGACAGCAUGCUUUUCAAUGCCAAUAUGAUUAUGAAAUAAGACUCAAAUCAGGCAUGUUCCUAUAAUAGGCCAAAUCCAGCAUUGUGCUCUUCCAGUCGUUCCGUCUGUUGCAAGCAUUCCAGCUUGCCAGAUGAAAACACACCAUCUCUCCUCCCCUGGCACACCACUCUGGGGGUUCUCAUGACACACACACAUACCAAGGCAAUUUCAGGGGACAUGUGAGGGAAGAAGAAGGGGAAAAGAAAGCCCUGUUUCGCAACUGGAAGUCCUGGCGCAGGGCUUCUGCCGCUGGUUAGGUGAAUCCUGCCCAAUGCUUCCAUAGCACUUACAAGUGUUCACUUCACAUUCAUCAUCUAGCUGUAAUGCUUACAACCAGACUGAAAGGUAAGUCAGUAGUUGCACCACCCAUAAUCCAGAGGGUGGGUGGCUGAGGCUAAGAGGGAAUAACUUACCAAAGGCCACCUGGUGAGUUCAUGGCAGAGGUGAAAUUUUAACCAGGGGCUCCCAAAUUCAUAGCUCAGUCUCAUAUCCACUAUAUUACACCAGAUCUUGUCUGUCAUGGGAAUAUACUAGUGUUUCUUCAAAAUGCAUCCUUAAGAGCAAGGAUGGCUAAACCUCUUUUGGCCCCAAGGCCAUAUGCAGCUACCUCAGCACUGUGUCUGCUUGAAUUCCCUGCUUUCCUGGCUGCUGCCAAAAUCAGUGAGGUGUUGGGAAAAUAGGAAACUUUGUUGAGUAGGGCUGGAAGGCCGCCCAAACGGGGUUAACCACCCCCGCUUACGAAUACCCACGUACAAUAUUGGUGGAAGGAUGUAGUUGAGGAUCAGUGGCUGAACUGCAGCUUUAGUUUCUAACUAGUUUUCAUUUUUCAUCUUGAUAACCUCCAUUUCCACUUUCUGUUGAAACAAAAUACAUUUCAAUGAACCAACUCUCCAGUCUAUGUGCUGCUUGUAAGCACUGUUGUUGACCUGGCGAUGAUCCUUGUAAUUCUUAUUCUCUUUCUCUCUUUCUUUCUUUCUUUCUCUUUCUCUCUCUCUCUCUUUCAUAGUCACGGCCUAUUCCCUCACACCUUACUUCAGCUGUAGCAGAGAGUAUCCUGGCUUCAGCCUGUGAAAGCGAAAGCAGAAAUGCUGCGAAACGAAUGCGCUUGGAUCGACAGCAGGUAUGGGCGUGGGGAGUGAAAGACUCAUGAUCCAUACCCAGGACUCAGUGGACUGAUCAAGCAAUAAUCACAGACUUUGUAAAAUGUGUUCUGUGGAGAGAUAAGAGGUUCUCCAUAGCGGCUGCAGAGAGAGCAGAAAGUGGUAGCAAGGCAGAUGGGCUUCAAAAUGUUUGUUUUCUGGCAUGCUCAGCUGUCAGUUUAAUUGUGAAUGCCAACGUGUAGCAUGGCUGAAGAACAUGCUGUGAGCUCUUCUUUAUAUCAGAUCUGCCUCCAGCCUUCAUACUGAUCAUAGUUUAUAAAAAAGGUAGAAUAAUGUUAAUUAAGAUAAAUUUGUAUUCAUUUUAUAAUGUUCAUCUUUUGAUGUUUAUAAAUACCAGUUUUUAACUGUUUUCAUCAAGAAUUUUAAUGUUUUGUUUUAUAUGUUUGUAAACCUCUUAGAGGUUUUCUUACAAACAGGUAUAUAUUUUUUGUUAAUUACAUAAAAUAAUCACAAACUCACAUAGUGGGCAAAUAUAAUAUAGCAAUAAUAAUAAUGUACAGCAUUAUUAAGAAUAAAACUCUCAAAUGUGCAUUUGUAUUUUUGCAAUUGCAGCAAUCCAGUAAUUCUAAAGAGCUAUUUCUGUUUAGAACAGUGCAAGGAUAUUUCCAGCUAUACUGUAUCUUAAAUCCCUUUUCCCUCAAAAUUACAUAAUUCAUAAUGAGUUAGACCCAGUCUUGUGAUUGACAGAGUUCUGUUCGUGUCCAAAAGCAUGGGGGACUAUUUUCCCCCAGUUCCCUCUUUUCUGAAGGAAUAUGGCCUUCUUGAGUAACAUGAGAAGUAGUGUACAGUCAUACCUCGGGUUGAAGUAGCUUCGGGUUGAGUGUUUUCAGGUUACGCUCCGCAGUGACCCAGAAAUAACGGAACGUGUUACUUCUGGGUUUCGCUGCUUGCGCAUGCACAGACGCUCAAAAUGACAUCACGUGCAUGCACAGAAGCGGUGAAUCGUGACACGCACAGAUGCGCGGAGGCGGGUUGCGUUCGCUUCAGGAUGCGAACAGGGCUCCGGAACAGAUCCCGUUCGCAUCCAGAGGUACCACUGUAUGAGGAAGUAGCAGGAAAGGAUGAAUAUCACCUCCCUCCUUUCUACAAUAGGGAGCCUCCUUAGUCACUUCCACAAACAGAAAAAGCUGUUCACAGACUGACCAGUCUAGAUCCAACUCAUUAUAUGUAUUUUUACAUGUGCCGUGGGUUACUACAUUGCUUUUUUCUAAGUAGACCAACUCUUAGCCAUUUGGAAGGAUAGCAAGAAUAUUAUUAUUUAUCACAUUUAAAUUGCAGUCUUAAAACAUUUUCCUGCAAAUAAAUGCCAUUUAAAGCAGUGGGACUUACUUCCAGGUAGACAUGCAUAGAAUUGUGCUAUUAAACAAUUCAGCAUCCCAGACAUAAACCUUGGGACGGGGACCGGAUAGGAUUUUUUUCCAUUUGGCAAAUUGGCACUGGCCACUUGGUUUUCGCCUACCUCUUAGCAAUUGUCACAACUUUGUAAGGUUUGGCGGUUAGGCAUUGGCUUAUUGUUGAGUGGGAGAGGGGAGGUCGGCCAUCGCCUGCCCCUCCAUUGUCCAAGGGUAUUCCGUUAAAGGAAUCUGGGGCCUGGAUCCUGUGUGAAGUCCACUUGAGAGGCUAGGGCCAUGUCAGGCCUCUGGGAAUACUGGGGGAGAUGCAGGCGGGUUCCCCCGAAGCAGCUCCCCUUUGGGUGGUUUACCCUUACAGACUUCCUGCAAAGGGGGCAGGAGUCUGAUAUAGUCUUUUGCCAAUGCCUAAGCCAGUACCGCUCACAUUUCCUGUAAUCAGUAAAGUUGUGGCCAAAAUUUGCCCAAUAACCUUAAACAAAAAAUCUGUGUCUGUGUGAAUUUCUUUAUUCUAAUGGGGGGGGGGUUGGCUUGAGGGUGCUGACACACAAUCAGGGUGCCAUUACAACGCAGUCUAACACCUGUUUGAAUAUGCCUUAGUAAAUCAUGCUAUGCUUGAUAUAGCAGCAGCCAGUGAGGAGGGGUGGCACUGGAGGAGAUAUAAUGUUGCUACUGGUGCACUCACAGCACCCCAGCCCUGCCACUGCAUUCACCUGGUUUGCAGGAGACCUGGUAUGCUGCCAUGAGGCCAGGACUAUGGCACCACCCCUACCUACUUCUAGUUUGAUAGAAAAUGAGAAGGGAAAACCACUAGACCUCCAAACUUAUGAGUACAAGUGGGCUAAUUGCCUGAGAUAAAGUUUGCACUGCAACCAGAACAAGUAUGAUUUUGCCUGGAAAACUAUUCCAUCUAUUCACUUAGGGUAUGUAGCAAACUCAAUAUAUGUUGGCUCCUCGAAAAAAAGAGGGGGUGGGGCAGAUUUUACAUGGGUCAAAAUAUACUGAGUUAUUCAGUUUAACUGCCUCAUGAUACUGUGGGGUUAAUGCAUUUUUAUUCUGGGAGCAGAUAAUGAUCUCAGAACACUUAGUGUUAAUGGGGUUUAAUGAACCAAAACAAGAGCCAAACAGCAUCUAGUCCCUGUUUAGAAAUAAAAAUUUCUAUCUCUACUGAUCACAUCAACUCUAUAACCUUAUUGAAAUUGAAAGGAAUUCUUGGGCACUAUGAUAUGCCCAAACACUAUUCCGUACUUUGAGCUUUCAAGUUUAUUGCUCAUAAAAUUUAAACUAGGUCAAGCCCAGAAGAAUUAAAACUAAUGAAAAACACAAGAUUGUGUCAAUAUAUUUUUACUAGUCUAUGUGCAAAAAAUGACCCCGUCCAAUGAGACUGGGAACACUAAACAGAAUACCCCAAUCCUGGCCCAGUUAUACACAGCUAGUAACAUGCAAUAAUUGAUGGAACUGGAAGAGGAUAUGCAUUCCCACCUACAUGAAAAAUGCAUCCUUCCAGUUCGAUUCUUGCACCAGAUGUGCUUUCUUUAGAAUUCCUAAAUACAGUGUCUCUUUUUGACUUUCCAAAACAAUACACCGCACUUCCUCUAAUGAUAUUGAGUGGGGAGUCUAUUCUGGAAUCUAAAAUAGAAUCUAAAAGAUUUCAUUCAGCUGUUAAUAGAACAGAUUCAAAAUUAAACUAUGUAAUAAAUCACUUUAGAUCUUUUAGAGCAGGUUAGACUGUUAUUGAUGCAAUUAGCUUAGGAUGGUGUAUGCACUCACUGUGGCCACAGAAUUGAUGGAAGACCUCUUAAAUGUUACCACAUAUCCUUCCUGCCACAUAUUCAAGGGUAUAAAAAAAUUGGGUGAGUGAUCUUUGAUAAGGUUAGGUUUAGGCAGGAAGUUGGACUUGAUGGUGCAUUUUGUCUAUUCCACAUUUCUAUGACUCCCUGUGAUUUAGUGGUAGUUUUUUAAGUGCAGGAACCCCAUAGCCAUAUGUGCAAGGAGAGUUCAUAGCCAUGCUCCCAAUGAAAGUCCAAAAAUACAGGCAGGCGUGUUGAUCCACAAAUGCACAUUCACACAAACACAUGCAAGUGCAUAAUUUAUUAUGAUCAGCUGACAGUCAGAAUGGUGAACUUACAAAGGAUGGUGUAGUUGUAAGCAUAUUGGAAUUUUGCUAUGGAGAUAAUAGAUUCACACCCCUGUGUAUUAAAAAUAUCAAACUGUAAAUUCAAAAAAAGCCUCAGGUCACAUCUGGAAAUCAGUGUAGCUGUUAUGCCAUUAGGAGCUAUUCUCUUGUGGUGUUAUGCUGUUUUCAUGAGGGAGGAAAUAGUUCCUUUUAACAAAGUAAAAAUAUGCAUAUAUGUAUGAAGAGAAAUUUGAAUGAUGGCAAUGAUAGUUGAUAUGUGUUGCCUGCAUAGUCUUAGUUCAGGAAGCAGAAACAGAUGUCAUCAGCCUUCCCCUUACAGGGAACCCAAAUCUCAAUAAAAAUAAUACUUAUGUAAGUUGCAUUGUUUGCAGAUUACUGUAAAAAUAUGAAAAAGGGAGCAUAUUAUUACUACUGUAUAAUUUAGCACAUGCAGUGAUCUCAGAGUUGCCAAAAACAAUACUUCAGCAACCAAAUAUCUGAGUAAACAGGAAUGCUUUCUAAAUCCUCCUGAAAGCUAAUAAUGAUAGAGACAGGUGCACCUCACUAAGGAGGGCAUUAUACAACUAGGGAGACACCACCUAAAAGGCCCUGUCACAGGUCAGUGCCAACCAGGCAGCCCCCAGUAGUGGCACCACCAACAAGGUUACCUGCCAAUGGGAUGCAACUGUAACGCAACAAUAUCAGACUAUAACCCACUGUAGAAAACAAUACUGAUGGCAUUAUUGUUUACCAAAACUUGUCAGAAGCCUUUACUCCGCUUUCAAAAAACCAUCAGAGGUUGGUUACCCACCUCCUUAGGGAAGAGAAAAAUAUAGGGUGGUUGCUGAAAGAGCCCAAUUUUGAGCUACUACUGUCCAAAACUGCCUCAAAGAUGUCACAGACAGUAAGGCCUGCUAACAAGACCAACUGGUGAGUGGGUUUAUACAGGAAGCACUCCUUAAGAAGUCUUAAAGUACAAAGCUUUUAAGACAUGGUGGAUUAUAUUCACUCCAGCUUUAUGUUUAUGACAUAUGGAACCAUGAGGUCCAUCUCUAUGGGCCUUUCUACAUUCAAUGAACAUGUGGAAGAGGGAGAAGGAGAAUGCAGAGAAUUGCCCUUAGUGAGAUGGAAACUCUUGCCCUUUGUCAGGCACAGAAAAUAUACAGCUGAAUGUGGGGGGCAAGGAGGUGUGAUCCAGCCCACAUAGUCCCUUCACAAAUUAAAUGAACCCUGAUAGCAAAUUGGUGUGUCACAGGGCAUGAGAGCCAGAUCAUUUCAAGUUCCUUACAGACCCAUGAUUCUAUGAUGACUUUCCUACUAUUAUUUUCUACCACUUCCUAGCACCCAUGGAGAUGAAUUCUCUAGCUGCCAAAGUAAUUUUUGCUUAUUGAAAGAAUCUCAAAUGAUUCUUCCAGCAAAAACUAAUAUAAUAUAUAUAUUUUCUUUGCCUAUCACUUAUACCUGCAUUUAGAGCUGAGUUUCCCAUGACACAAAACAUAGAGCAGGAGUGGGGAACUGGAUUGGUGGGCUGAAUUCUGAUCUCCCCAGAAUUAUUCCUACAGGCCAAUUUGACGGGGCGGGGGGCGGGGGUGAGUCUACCCCAUGUCAGCCACCCUACAUCACCAGGUGAAGCAUUUUCCUUUACCUAUGUAGUUUUGAAAUCAGUUUGCACGGACAAAUGCACAGUGCUUUGCAGGCACCAACAAUCAGCUGAUUGGUGAUGCCUGCAAACCUUCCUUUACCUGUUCAGUUUGAUAUCAAACCACAUGGGCAAAGUGCCACUGGUUAAUGUCUGCAAAGCCCACUUUCAACAUAGAACCAUAUCAUAUGACUUAUCAGGUACAGGGCAGGCAGGUGGGGCUUGUGGAAAACAGCCUUGCAGGCCAAAUUAGGAAUCCUGCUGGGUUCAAUUAGGCCCACAAGCCAGAGAUUCUCCAAUGUUGCUUUUUAGAGCAAAGAUUGUGGGUAUUGAUAGGCUGAAUAGAGCUGACUAUACUGUAGCUACACCCGUAAAUGACAAUUUCUGCUACAAGACAUCCAUAACCUGCCAGAGUUCUCAUGUUUUCUUUCCGACAGAUAAAAGUGUCAGUUAAAAAACUUGUAUGUGCUUGUUUCACAUUUCCUCUAACCUGUUUUCAAAGUAGUGCAAGGAAAGUCUAUUGAAUAACAAUAUAAUGUCUUCUUCAUUCAAGGAGAAAAAUGCAGCAGUGAUUUGACACUGUCCGCUGAACCAUUGUUCUUGCAGGAUGAGACUGCUCCAGCUGACAAACCAUAUAAACAGGAACCAACCCAGGUCACUUACUCAACAUCAGCUGUUUCCAGCACACAGGAGGUGUUGUACAUAAAUGGAAAUGGGACCUACAGUUACCAUAGUUACAGAGGGUUAGGAGGAGGUUUGCUAAAUCUCAGCGAUGCUUCUACCAGCGGUGAGUUUUAUUAUUAUUUUUUACCAGAUUUCUGCAUUUAUAUUUGCAUGAAUGAAUCUCUCUCUCCCCCCCCCCGCCCAAUCCUGGCAGUGUUUAAGAUGAAAAACAUUGCAUGUUUUUGUUACAGACUAUAAAUUAUCCAAUAUAUUCCAUAUCUGUGGACUUAAGUACUCCUGUGCUAAUACAGUCUUAAUGGGCACAAAUUACUUCAGAUGAUUUUAACCAGCCAUUCCUUCUCUGAGAGAAAAAACCUAUCUCUAUAUAAUACAGUAUGGAGAAUACUAGCUUAAAGAUAUUGGAUAUACCAGUAUUUAGAAUAAGCAUGCACAUAAAAGAAUGCACUGCUCACUCACAUCAAAUUGAAAAGGAUAAGCAUUGCUCCCAGAAGAUGUUUCGAUUCUUUCGGAACUCAUGGAGCAGGGAGUUCCACUUACGGAGAACAGUCACCUUAAAGGGCUUGUUUGUAUGCUUUCAUUAAUACUUCACACACAGAGAGCCUCAUGAAGACGUAGGCCUGAUUGGCACAGGAGCAAAUAUAAAUGAUUAUAAUCCCCUUGGUGGUGGUGAUUUGCAUUAUAGCCCACUUUUUUCUCCAAGGAGCUCAAUGUAGCAUACAUGGUUCUUCCUCUCCUCGUUUAAUCCCCACACCAACCCUCUGAAAUAGGUUAGGCCGAGAGUUACUUGCCUGAGGUCAGCCAGUGAGCUUCAUAGCUGAAUGGGGAUUUGAACCCUGGUCUCCCAGGCGCUAGUCUGAUAGUUGAAGCAGCAACAUAUUGGAAUCACUGCUGCAUUUCAUCCUGAUCCUCAUACAUGUUUAUUCAGAAGUGAGCAGUUAGUUUAAUGUAACUUCCUUCCCAUCAAUUAUGCUUAGCACUGCAGUCCUAAUGGAGAAAGACAAAUGUAUUAGACCAUUGUUUCAACUGGUAAAAACAACUAUAACACUAAGGCAACACUUAUUAAUAAAAUUUCAUCUCUAAGGAUUACAAAGGAGUGGCAGUGUAAUUUGAUAAUGGAUACUGUAACUGUUAGUAUUCUUAAACUAUAGGUAAUUACGCUGAUUUCAAAAUAAAAGCACAGAGUUUAAAAAUCAUUUUUGCAGCUUUACUGACUAUAAUAGAUAUUCUUAUUUCCAUUAAUUGAGAAACUGAUUAAAAAGAAAACACAAAGUAUACAUACUACGCAAAUUUUAAUGAAAAGCAGCUCAGGACACUGUGGUUUUAAGUGGAGGUGUGGUAGGAGCUCCUUAACCCAGCCCCUGCUGAGAAGAGGAAGAAAUGUGCCAGUUUUAUUACAGUUCUUCCUAGCCUGGCCAGGCCUGUAAAGAUAUUAACAGCAAUGCAGUGAGUGGAAUCUUCCAGUAUUCUUCUCCAUAGACACAGUGAAAGGUGGUGGUUGCGAUUCCCAAAGCAUCCUGAAAGCAUCUGACAGGAGGUGAACCCAAACACCUGCUUGUCUAACAUUUUCAGCUGAAAGUAGCACACAUAAGCAACAUGCACCUUUUUCAAUAACAAGGUGGCGCCUUCAUCUCCCAAACUGUAUCACAGACAACAAAAAUUUAAACAAAUAUCUACUUAGGCUUCUGCAAGGGGCUUCUGGAUACAAAACCUUUUAAUAUUCUUCCCUUUCCAAGCUGAGCCCCUGCUCAUAGACUGUUUCGGAAAGACUUCUCCAUUUCAGAAAGAGUAUUCCGUGCAACAAAUAGGGGUCUGCUUUCCCCCCUUGUUUUAAAGAAAGGUGUAAAUGGACCCUAGUUUAUGAAUCUAGUUUCAUGGUUCUUUGGAUUCUGGCCACAGUUAAUUCCCAGAACCAAAAAGUUAUUUUACAUCUUAUCUCAGUGUCUAGACAGCCUUGCACCUUUUAGAAUUAUCUAUUGCUGUUAUAAAUUAUUGUCUAUAAUAUUAAUGAUCAACUUAAAGGUAAUGGUUGGAUUUACCAGGGCCUAUUGUCUCCAACAGACUAUUAAGUAUCCAACUGGGUGUCCCAUUCUAGGAGCUGAGGUGGGUUAUUGCAGAAAUAACUCACAUAUGGCUUUGCCACUCAUGAGCCAUCAGUGCUUUGAUCAGUGAAAUAAGCUGCCGUAUCAUAUAUCUGACCUGCAUUUUAGAAUUCUAAGUAAUUGAUGCUGCCAAUGAGUAAUUUAUGAGGCAAUAACUACCUCAUGUUAAAUCUUGCAAGUCAUUUGUCCAGCAGUGUAUUUAAUGUCAGAUUUACUCAGCAGCUAAUAUGAUAAAUGAACGUCUAGCUCUUGGAGGAGAUUCGCAGUGCUUGUAGCAUUUUGAAUGAUUUAGUUAAAACAAGAACUACUUAGCUUCCAAAAAUAUGUGAUGUCUAUGCAACUUAAAUGAAUCCAUAAACCAUAGUCAGUUACAAGUUACAAAAUAAAUGACUGACUGAGUCACCUCACUGAUGGCUAGAGAAAUGAUAUCCAGUGAGCAUUGGAAAUGAUGUGACAGGGAAGAUUUUUUAACAUCAGGUUUAAUUUUCUGCUCUAGAAGAAACUGUACUUCUGUACGCAUGAGAGAGCAAGCAAUGCUGACUCACAAAAAUGUGCAACAAACACUGGCAGCUGGUGACUUUUGGAGCUGAUAGAGCUACAGAUUUUUUACCCCAUGCCGCCAGCUACAACAAAGUUCUCUGCCUGCACACCCAUACACAUGUACCAAAUAGCAAGGGAAAAUAAAUUCAAGUGCCAUUGAGAGCUACGCGUCAUCAUUAUUGACUUAUAUGAUCUCAAGGCCAGCGACCACACACACACACACAAACACCAAGAAAGUAAGGCAGAGGCAAAUUACUAUGAGUUGUAUCCAAUGCUGUCUGUGCGUGCACCCUCAAAAUUUGCACCGAAGGGUAGGAAGACUCCCCAGAUUUUGCAGGUGGCCCAUAUUUCUACUUUUGUGUCAAAACUCGCAUUUGAGAGGGGAGUAUUUUUAAAAUAAAAAACAAUAAAUGCAAACCAUGCAAAAAUAAAAACUGCUUUACAUUCUCAAAACACAAAUCACAGGCAGCUAUACUAGAAGCCACGUGGGGCUAUUUUGUAAGACUCCAGGAAACUGCAUUCCCUGAGGCUGGCCCAGAAAUUUACUGCUUGAUGAAACUGGGAACCCUGUACCAAUCCUCUGGAUGCUAUCUAUUUGACAUUGCCUUUGUUAUUAUGAUGAUUCACAUCAUAUCCCACUGUGCCUAUGGAAAGCUCUAAAUAGUUUAUAUAGGGUUUCCAGGCAUUCUUCUAUAUAGGCACUCGUCAGGCUGAGACCCCAUUGUCUUUAUAAAUGCGGCAUCAUACGUCCUCUGGCUCAGAAUACAGUGGGUGAGUGUGGGCUAAGGGUGGAGGGGAGCAAGUGUCUCUCUAUAGACUGCCAUUUACUUUGGUGCUAUGUAAGCAGUAAGAGCAGUAGCAAUGAUGAGGGGUGCAUUACUUAAGUUUGUUCUUGAGCAUGACGAUACCCCCUCCAGACAAGAACCCCCCUGCACACAUGCACGCUUGCUUUGUUGCCAUCUAUUUAUGGUUUAAACAUUGAGACUUCUGGAACUAGAAGACCAUUUUGUACACAAGCACAUUAGCAUCAUCACUUUGAUAACAGAAUUGUAACGGUAAGGUUGGGUAUUCAUGUAAAGGCUAAAUAAAGUAAUAUAUGAACUAAUAUGAAGUCACCAACUGCCAUUUACAGAGGAGUAGCCAUGCUAGUUCACUGCAACAAAAUGAGCAAAAGUGUUGAUGCAUCUUUAAAACUAAUAAAUUUAUUAUGGAAUAAGUUAGCACAAUAAAUGUGCCAAUCAAGCAGUCACUAAUUUUAACCUUCAGUCCUUUGUCAAAUUGUCUCUUAGCACGCAUGUACACAACUGCACCAUAAGCCAUGUUUGUCCCUUUUUGCUUGUACAUUUGGUCUCUUACUGAGGCGUGUCUGUUGUUUAGUUGUUUAGUCGUAUCCGACUCUUCGUGACCCCAUGGACCAGAGCAUGCCAGGCACUCCUGUCUUCCACUGCCUCCCGCAGUUUGGUCACAUUCAUGUUUGUAGCUUCAAGAACACUGUCCAACCAUCUCAUCCUCUAUCGUCCUCUUCUCCUUGUGCCCUCCAUCUUUCCCAACAGCAGGGUCUUUUCCAGGAAGUCUUCUCUUCUCAUGAGGUGGCCAAAGUAUUGGAGCCUCAGCUUCACGAUCUGUCCUUCCAGUGAGCACUCAGGGCUGAUUUCCGUAAGAAUGGAUAGGUAUGAUCUUCUUGCAGUCCAUGGGACUCUCAAGAGUCUCCUCCAGCACCAUAGUUCAAAAGCAUCAAUUCUUCGGCGAUCAGCCUUCUUUAUGGUCCAGCUCUCACUUCCAUACAUCACUACUGGGGAAACCAUAGCUUUAACUAUACGGACCUUUGUUGGGAAGGUGAUGUCUCUGCUUUUUAAGAUGCUGUCUAGGUUGUGAUUUGUCUAGCAAGUAGCAAGAUGUGUCUAGUAAGUAGCAAGUCACAAUUAGGAUUGCCUGAUGUUUCACCAGAUUCCAUUUGUCAAUUGCAGGUCCAACUGAUCUCAGUAUGAAAAGACAGUUAGCAACCACUUCUGGAUCUUCCAGCAGUAGCAGCUCCAGACCUCAGCUGAGUCCAACUGAAAUUAAUGCAGUACGGCAACUGGUUGCGGGAUACAGAGAAUCAGCUGCAUUUUUAUUGCGUUCUGCAGAUGAACUGGAAAACCUUAUUUUGCAGCAGAACUGAGACAUCAGCAUCCUGCUGACCUAGUUUUAUCACAGAAUUUCCACUAAUGACAUUUUGAUCUCCCAGAGCAGAUCUUUCAAUUACUGCACAGUCUUGUUGACGAGUCGAUUACCAUAAUGCCACAUUGUUCUUGAUGUUCUUGGUGUGUUAAGGUUCUUCAAGUGAACUUGGACCUCUGAUAUCUCUGAGGUAUUUUUAAUAUAUCCAGCCUAUUGCUUUAUGUUUGUUUGUUUUUGUGUAUCAGCAUCAACAGCAAAAAGUGGCUAGAAAUGCUAAACUCGUUCUAACACGGAUGGAAGUAGAAGAUGCUGGGGGUUCAAAAUUGGUCCAAAAUCCAAGUGCAAUAUUAGUGGAAUGUGCUAUUGACUCAGUGGACUCAAAGCUGCAUUAUAUGGCAAAAUGUUGCCAAACGCCCUGUUGUUAACAGGAUGCAAUUGCAAUGAAAAGGAUCUUGUAUUUUAAAGAAAAUGUAAUUUUUAUAGAAAAAAAACAAGACAAAAAUGUUGGUUCUCAUUCUAAAUUGAUCAUUUUUACUUUGGUAAAUUUUUCACUGAUUUUUCAAAUAAUGUUUUGAGGAGUUAUUGUUAAGUCCUCUUCUCUGAAAUCUCUGUCCCCCUCUCCAAUCCACAUCUGUUCCACAGCGAGUACCUUUUUGUGCUGGGCAGCCCAUUCCCUGGUGGAUCCCAAUAUACGUAAAUAUCUCUGGAGUGACUUCCAAAGGAAGUAGACAUUUCCUGAACUUAAACCAUUUUUGCCUCCAUUUCAUAAUGAGUUGCAGCUUUAUUAGCAAUUAAUAAAGAUGUGAGGGUUGUUUUUAAAAAGACAUAUCAUUUUUUUAAAAUUUCUUUUUUAAAAGUGGUUUCCUACAAGCUAGCUCACUUAACUCCAGGAUUGCUGCUGCUGCUGUCUUGUACAAGUCCUUCUAGUAGUGAGUGGAUGUAGAUGAUUGAAUGUGAAGAGGUUGCAAGUGACAAUCGGAAAAUUUGCACUCUUGUGUGUAUUUAUUUCUUUAUUUCUUUUUAAAUGAAUACAUAACUGAAAAGGGCCAUUGACACUUCUGAUGUGAUUUUAUAAUGUUAACACUGAACUAAAAACUGUACAAAAAUUGUAAAGGAUGCAGCUGCCACUUAAGCAAAGUCCCCUUCUCCUGAUUUCCCCAACCCCUAAUUUCUUAUUUUAUGAUGUCAAAUACACAUCAAUUGUGUUUUUGUUGUGCGCUAAGGAAAGCUUAUUUUUUAUGUAUUUAGAGAGAAGUAUUUUAGUUCUUGCUUAUUGUAAUAUCUGUUCUGAUGUUUAGUUUUUGUUAAAUAACAAGUUCCUUGUGCAUUCCUGAAUUUGCCUUAUUUUGUGUACAAUUUUUAUGUAAUUUGGUUUUUGACAAUGAGUUUAAGGCAUCAGUGAUAUUUUCUAUCUACUUGUUACAUAUAGUUUUUCAAGUAAUGACUGUGAUUGUGACAAAGUAAUGUGCACUUUUUCUUGUAACUGUGGACAUUGCUAUGCUUUUUCCCCUUUAGUGUUUCUAGAAUUACUGUUGCUUACAGUUAUGUUUUAAAAAAACAACUUUUGUGAUACUGUUGGUGAAUAUCAAUGUGAAAAAGCCUAUUGAAAUGAGUGUUUUGGAGAUAUCUAAAUACACAAAUCUUUCUUUUAAGUUGUGGACUUUGAGUUCACAAAUUUAAAUGAAAUUUUUUAAAAAAGAGGGCUGGGAAAAAUUCCUCUGUUUUUGUUUGGGUAAAUAAACAAACAUCUGUGUUUCAAUACAGGCCUGUGC